CCCAGGGGGUGUGUGCAGGACACACUGUAUAAAAGUGCACAGCUAUAGAUAGGAUAUUAUCCUAAUACUAGGAAGGGAUCUCUUGCUGUGAAUUGAACCAUGGCUGAAGGUAAUGUACAUAGACAGACACUGUCAGCUAGGAAUUUAUAAUAUUUACAUUUAAUAAACUAUAUAUAAAUAGUCCUACUCUCUGUUCUGUAUACUUAUUGCAAAUCACAUGAAAUGCAUGCAAAACUAUUCAGUUAACACACAACUUCUACACAAUGACACAGAGUUAACACACCCAGUGUGCACAGCUGCUGUUGUCUGAGUCACACUAAUAACUGUUUUGUGUGUAGAACACAAUGUUAAUAAUGACUGCACAUGGCUAGUAGUGUGUCACAGCUUUGUAUACUUGUAUCACUAUGUAUAUGCCCUGUACACAAACUACUGUGUCUGUUAUUAAAUAUGCAUUUAUUGCAUGUCCUUCAACACACAGUGUAUAGGUAGUACAGCUUUCAACAAAUAGUUACCUGUAUACCCCGGUGUAUUUUGCAAACCUCAGAAGUAAAUGUAAGCCCUUGUAAAUAUAUCUGUGUCUAAUGGUUAUAUAUUAUUAUUAUUGCCAUUUAUAUGGCGCCAACAGAUUCCGUAGCGCUUUACAAUAUGUAAUUGUAUAUAUAUGUGUGUUAAUCUCACAGUAUUUUGUAUCUUCCAGUAAAUAACGUUUCCCUUAUAAAAUACUGUUUAUUUGUUCCAAAAUAAUGUAUAUUUUGUGUAUGUGUUGUCUAUAAAUUCACCAUAUUCCAAAACGCAAUGUGUUGAGAUAGAGAGUAUUUUUUGUUUGUUUGUGUGUGUAUUUUGUCUGGAUAUAUAAGGGCAUAUAUUUCACCAAAUAAUUGUAAAGUGCUAUAUUGCGUGCGUUGGUUACAUCCAAUUUCUGUGCCCCAUUCAUCCAGUAAAGGUUUGUAGAAAGUAUCCGUCCCCUCGGGCAGUUAAUGAUGUGAAUGUAUUGAAAGCAGAUGUAUUGUGGGAUACGGUCCCUGCUCGGGAUUGAAAACAAAACUAAGUUUGACGAAGAGUUAUUUUAAGUUUGAUGAAACCUCUCCAGGCUAAUAUAAUUAAUUAUCAUACAGAAGAUAUUACUUUAUUCUACAAAUAAGAUCCUGAUGUUGGUGUUAAAAAAAUAGUUACUUGUUAAAUGUCUUUUCUUUUUUUUAGAUUUUUUUUUUUUUUUGGCACUAGUAUUAGGCAAGUUGGUUUGUUAUAAAUUGUGCAAAUGUAUUGAUAAAAUAGUAACAAUUAUUGCAAGGGGGUUUUGUGUCGUUGUGGCUUGUGUGUCCCUCACCCUAAUCUCAUUGAGAAAGUAAACCUUUUUUUAAAGAGACGCCUAAAGCUGCAUGUGAUACAAAUUUGUAUGUGUUACUUAGGCAAUGCUUUAAAAUACAUUCAGAAACAAAUAUAUAUUUAAAAUAAUGAAAAACAGAAAUAAAGUUACUCAGAUUUCAUGUUCCGCUAUUUGCUGCAAAUCUUCAUGGUUUGCAGCUACCACAGUGAGCUCUCACUCUCACCAAAAUGACUAUCGAGCAUAAUAAUUGCUUAGUUUCCAGUAACACUGCUGAGCAUAUCCAAAAAGUAGUGCAUUAAGGUGCACACUAAGGGUUUCUGGGAAUUGUAGUUAAUAGAUAUGUGCAAUUCGUUUCGUUCCGAAUGUACGUUCGUACGAAUUUCAUGCCAUUCGGAUGAUUACGAAUACCCGAAGCGCCCAGGGGCGUAUUAGCCGCGAGGCAAACAAGGCAUUUGCCUUGGGUGGCAUUUUUCAGGGGACGGCAAAAAAGCCGCCCCCAAAUGCCCAGGGCAAAUGCCUAGUUAGCCUCGCGGCUAACAGACAUGCCGAGCGGGCAGCGCUGGGCGGGCGGCCGGCGAGGGAGCUCUUCCCCUGAGCGCUCUGCUCAGCUCCCUCGUGCACCUCCACCAACAGAGUGAGGCCGGGAGCCGGAAUAUGACGUCAUAUUCCGGCUCCCGGCCUCACUCUGCUGGCGGCGCGCGAGGGAGCUGAGCAGAGUGCUCAGGGGGAGAGCUCUCUCGCCCGCCCAGUGCCGCCCUGCAGCCACUGGACCCCAGGACCCCAGGGAGAGGAAGAACUCCCCCAGCAUUCCCAAUGGUAAGGAGGUUAAAUUAAAAAAAAACCAUAAAUGAGUGUGUUAGUGUGUGUGUGUCUGUUAGUGUGUGUAUCUGUUAGUGUGUGAGUCUGUUAGUGUGUGUAUCUGUUAGUGUGUGUGUCUGUUAGUGUGUGUCUGUCUGUUAGUCUGUUAGUGUGUGUGUGUCUGUUAGUGUGUGAGUCUGUUAGUGUGUGUCUGUUAGUGUGUGUGUGUGUGUGUCUGUUAGUGUGUGUCUGUGUGUUAGUCUGUUAGUGUGUGUGUGUCUGUUAGUGUGUGUGUCUGUUAGUGUGUGUGUCUGUUAGUGUGUGUGUGUUUGCCUGCUAGUGUGUGUGUGUUGCCUGUUAGUGAGUGUGUGUUUGCCUGUGAGUGUGUGUGUCUGUUAGCUAGUGAAUGCGUAUCUGUCAGUGAAUGUGUGUGUGUGUAUUUAGAAGGCGGAGCAGGGGGGAAGGGUUGGGUGGCGGUUGCGCGGGUGGGGGUAGCGUGGGGGGGUGCCUGAGUUUUGUCCUGCCUAGAAGUGACGAAGUUCGGUAGUUCGGAAGUGCUGAAGCUCCGAAGUGAUUCGGAUUUCUGAAAUGUGGCAAAACAAGAGAGAGGGAGGGAAAAUUACGAAAAUGAUGACUGGAAUCUUGACCAAUAAGCUAAUUCCUUUUGUGCAAUGUUAUGCUUGCUUGCCCAAUCCAGUUUCACUAUUCCCUGUCCAAUUAAAUGAGCACAUUUUUGUGAUUGAUGUUAGAGGACAGCCAAUUAAUGGUGAUUUUGUCACUGACACUUGGCCAAUGAAGGCACAUAGAGUCAAUGAGGUGGGAUAGCAUAUAAAUCAGGCUGUCAGGGUGUUGGCCUGCAUUCAUGUGACCAGACUAGUUGUGAUAGCAUUCUGCAUUUUGUUUCUUAUUUUGAAGGGGCGGGGGGAAGGAAGAGUGUAUGGCUGUGCAUGCCAGGUAGCCUGAUUGCCAGGGUGUCUCUCUGCUGCACUGUGACUUUACUGCAGUGAUUAAAUUUGUGUACCAGUCAUCACUUGCUCUCACUUUGCGCUCUCUCUCUCACACACUCUCACUUGCUUGUUCACACACAAAUUGCUUUCUCUCUGCUCACUCUAUGCUCCUAAACUCUCCACAAAGAUGGUGUCACAGGGGUGGGAUUAUAUAGUGUGCAGAAGUGUUGCAUGCUGGUAGUGCUCCCUGAUUGGCUGCACUAUCUGUGCAGUGCACUAUCAUUGUGCACUAACUGUGCAGUGAGACGAGCAGAUACAAUGGUUGGAAGUACAAACCAACACGUAUCCCCAUUGUUCUAGAAGAGAUUGGCGCUCAUAUUCAAUCAGAUUAAAAACACAACUUUUAUUUAACCUGUAGAAUUUGCUAUUGCCUACAAAGUAACCUUUCCACUUUAAUUUAUUUAGGAAAUGUUGAUCUGGCACAAUACAUUGAGAACAUUUGCAAAUACACAACAUAUUUCUUUUAAUCCAAUACACAACAAACAUAAUUUAUUACACUUCUGGCUUGCUGAUACAGAGUACAGAGUUCUUCUGUUUAUAGAUUUUUCAACUUGAGAAAGAUCUAAUAUUUUUUGGCAUGCACAUUCCAUAGUUGCCAAGUUCUGCAGAUUAGUAAAUUAAAGGGAUACCAUAGGCAUUAAAACAACUUUAGCAUAAUGAAGAAGUUUUGGUGUCUAGAUCAUGCCCCUGCAGUCUCACUGCUCAAUUCUCUAAAUCACUUUUGUUUCUGUUUAUGCAGCCCUCGCCACACCUUCCCUGGCUCUGACUGACACAGCCUGCAUAAAAAAAAUAGGUUUAUUUUAUAACCUUAAUCAGAUGUUAACUUACAUUAGAAAUGUUUAUCUCCUGUUCUAUAAAUUGAACUUUAAUCUCACACAGGAGGUUCCUGCAUGGUCUAGAAGGCUUUUAACAGAUCGGGAGAUAAGAAAUUCUAAAUUAAACAAGCUGUGCAAUAAAUGAAGUUUAAAUAUUAGACCUCUCCUUACGGAAAGUGUUUAGGAAGGCUGUAUAAGUCACAUGCAUGAACAUGUGAUUAGAGCUGCACAGACAAAGUGAUUAAACUAAAUUGCAGAGAAUUGAGCAGUGAGAUAUCAGGGAUACCAAAACAGCUUCAUUAAGCUAAAGUUGUUUUGGUGCCUAGUAUCCCUUGUAAGUGCUAGAAAUUGGCCAGAUGUUGUAGGAAAAGGGAGGUGUGUGAAACUGUGGUGAGUGUAAUAGAACAGUAAUGGCGAACGUUUUUUAAGCCCGAGUGCCCAAACCGCAAUACAAACCAACUUUUUUUUCCUCAAAGUGCCAACACAGCAAUUAAACCUGAAUGCUGAGGUUUAAGUUUAGAAAAAACAACUCGUACAGUUGCCCGAACAAAUUAACAUAUUUUGUUUUAAAAGCAGAACACAACAACAGAGAGUUCAAUAAUACAAAUUGAUUUUUAUUGAAAAAACAUACAUUUUAGUAAAUGAAAACACACUGGUGUUCGGUGGUGCUUCACCUAACUAAGGACCUAUUCCCACCUAUCCACCUGCAGUUUGUGCGCAUCUUACAUGCUGCUUUGGCACAGUUUACAUCAGAAUUAUACCCAUCCGGUUUUAAUGGAGCUUUGUAUGUAUGUCAAUGGACAUGCAUUUUCAUCAGGUUUCUGUCAGUCCGACUGCACCAAAACUGAAUGUAAACUGUGCCAAAGAUGCGUACAAGGGGAUACUCAACUUGUAAUAUGAUUACAUGCCAGAAUGAAAUUGUAUGAGGAGCAUCUCCUCCUCCUCUCCCCCCAGCAUAUUCUCAUCUCCCCCAACUCUUCCUUCUCCACUCCCCACAGCAUCUCCUCCUCCUUUCCCCCAGCAUCUCCUCCUCCUCUCCCCCUCUCCCCCAGCAUCUCCCUCUCUCCCCCCAGCAUCUCCUCCUCCUCUCCCCCCAGCAUAUCCUCCUCUCCCCCGGCUCUUCCUUCUCCUCUCCCCACAGCAUCUCCUCCUCCUCUCCCCCUUUCCCCCAGCAUCUCCUCAUCCUUUCCCCUAGCAUCCAAUUCCAUUCCACUGCUGUGAGGGGAUAUGAGCACGAGGGAGCACUGACUUACCUGCUGUUCCAGCACUGCUUCCUCUACUGAUGCUGCAGGGAGACAGUAAAUGAUGUCAAUCAGGCGCCGCUGCUGCCUGAUACAUGUAAUUUCCUGUCUCCCGGCGGCAUCAGCGGAGGGCAUGGAGGGAGCAGUUCUGGAACAGCAGGUAAGUCAGUGCUCCCUCGCAGCCCUCAUUCCACCCAACCACCAACGAUACGAAAGCAGAGUAGGUGCCUGCUGUUUUGGGCGGGCAGGUGCCUAUUCUGCAUUGCCGCUGGGGGGGCCUAAGGCUGCCGACCGAUGCCUCCCAGCGACCUAUGGCUGUAUGCCCACAGAGAGGCCUUGGCGUGCCAGCUAUGGCACGUGUGCCAUAGGUUCGCCAUCGCUGUACUAGAGGGUACUAGUUAAGAAAAGAUUGGAGAAUGGUACAUCUGAAGCUGAGUGUCAGGCAGUUUACCUUUAUUGAAAUGUGAAAAUGUAAUACAUAGUAAUUCAGAGUAAAAUGAUGGAUGUAUAGAUGCAAACACUAUUUCUAAAAGACAGACAUUUUAAGGAUAAAGCUUGAUAUAAUUUAUAAUUAUGAGAGAUCGGGGUCUCUCCACAAACCAAGAUAUUUGUAGAUGUUAGUUGGGGCAAAGUUGAAUUUCGCUUUAACUUUCUUCAAAGCGCACUUGAGACUGUUUUGUAGGUAGCUCUAGAUGUGUCUGAGCAAUAAGGAAGCAUGUGUUUUUGAAGAUCAAACGUUCAUCCUCUAAAAAUACUGCUGUAAUAAAGCCUUGUUCUAUAGGGUAUGUUUGGUUUCAAAAUCCAGAUUAUGGAUAAUCUAUCCAGAAAUAUUAAAAGUACCAGAAUGGAACAUUGUGUGAGAAUGGAACUUUGAUGGAACUAGAACUGUGAGGACUCCAUAUCUAUAAAUCAUCUUUAUCAAGUAGAUGUUAACAUGCAUUCAAACUAAUUAGAUACCACUGUUCUGUGUGGUGUACCAUUUAGAUGAGCAUAUGUACACAUGACUCAGAUUUAUCAUAAUUUAUCUGUGUUGUAAAACACACAUUAACCCAUACAUUGCAUUGUUCAGUUUGUGUUGUAUACUGUGGUUUAAGUUUCAAUGCAUUCUUUGUGGUAGCCACGGGCACACUAAGUGAAGCUUCUACAAUCAUCUGGAACUGUUUCUCUGGUUCUAAACAAUUUCAGAAUAUUUCUCUAUCAAUGCUAACACUGACAAUCCUAAACUUUUCCCUGUAAAAGACCUCAUGGAGCCUAAAUCAUUAAAGGGACACUAUAGUCACCAGAACAAUUACAGCUUAUUGAAUUUGUUCUGGUGAGUAGAAUCAUUACCAUCAGGCUUUUUGCUGUAAACACUGUCUUUUCAUAGAAAAUGCAGUCUUUACAUUACAGCCUAGUGAUAACUUCACUGGCCACUCCUCAGAUAGCAGUUAGAGAUCCUUCCUGGGUCAUGGCUGCCUAAAAUGCAUCCAAACAUUCAGUAUCUCCUCCCUCUGCAUGCAGACACUGAACUUUCCUCAUAGAGAUUCAUUGAUUCAAUUCACCUCUGUGAGGGGAUGCUGAUUGUUUGAAUUGUGCUGGCUCUGCCCCUGAUCUGCCUCCGUGUCAGUCUCAGCCAAUCCCAUGGAGAAGCACUGUGAUUGGAUCAUGUCACCACUACUGAUGAUGUCAGCAGACAGCUUGUUUUUCUGAGGCAAACAGCAUGCAGAGCUACAGCUUCUGGCUUGAAUACAGUAAGAUGUUCCUAUAUUUAUGGAGGCAUGAGGGGCCCAGGGGGGCUAGAUGGUGGUUUUAACACAAUAGGGUCAGGAAUACAUGUUUGUGUUCCUGACCCUAUAGUGAUCCUUUAAAGUUAAAAAAACAAAAAUAGAGACAUGUGCACAUCUCCCCACUUUGGUCUUGCAAAACCUUUUGGAUGUUUAGUGAAUACUUUGAGAUCUGUGCACCUGUGAAUGUAUCAAACAUCCAAAAUUAUCAUUAUGUGCAAACAACAUGUGUGGAUAUUUUUAGCAAUGCAUCUAGCCUUCAACACCAUGAAUUGGUGCAGAAUGUUUCCAGCAAAUGGAAACAUUAUUCUUUGAUACAUGUCCAUUAAUAUGUUUUAAGAUGAUGGAGAGCUAGCAAUGUAUUCUUUCGUUCCACACAUUUGUUGUGAGAAUUUCCCCACAUAGGAAUUUAGUUUAAAAAUAUAACAAACGCGACUGACCUUGAUAAAUUUCUUUCAUCUCUGGGAAAUGAUGCCAGGAAUUGGCGUUGGAGAUAGGAUGCACACUCUGCCCACUCCCUGCUCCCACACAGAGGAAUGUGUAAAGUAUUUAGUGGUGACAAGUGACAAAAGUGAUGAGGGAUGGGGUUGGAGAAUAGGCAAACAAAAUAAUAAAUGCGGUCUAUUGUACCUUUAAAUAUAUAUAUUUUUCAUGGUCUUAAACUCUUAAGGAUCAGUGGAGAAAUAAUUAAAAAUUCUAUGUUAAUAUAGAAUGCCAGAAUGUGAUUGCAGGACUGUAUAGAAUGCCAGAAUGUAAUGAUUGCAGGACUGUAUAGAAUGUCAGAAUGUAAUGAUUGCAGGACUGUAUAGAAUGCCAGAAUGUAAUGAUUGCAGGACUGAAUAGAAUGCCAGAACGUAAUGAUUGCAGGACUGUAUCGAAUGCCAGAAUGUAAUGAUUGCAGGACUGUAUAGAAUGCCAGAACGUAAUGAUUGCAGGACUGUAUCGAGUGCCAGAAUGUAAUGAUUGCAGGACUGUAUCGAAUGCCAGAAUGUGAUUGCAGGACUUUAUAGAAUGCCAGAUUGUAAUGAUUGCAGGACUGUAUCGAAUGCCAGAUUGUAAUGAUUGCAGGACUGUAUCGAAUGCCAGAAUGUAAUGAUUGCAGGACUGUAUAGAAUGCCAGAAUGUAAUGAUUGCAGGACUGUAUCGAAUGCCAGAAUGUAAUGAUUGCAGGACUGUAUAGAAUGCCAGAAUGUAAUGAUUGCAGGACUGUAUCGAAUGCCAGAAAGUAAUGAUUGCAAGACUGCAUCGAAUGCCAGAAUGUAAUGAUUGCAGGACUGUAUAGAAUGCCAGAAUGUAAUGAUUGCAGGACUGUAUAGAAUGCCAGAAUGUGAUUGCAGGACUGUAUCGAAUGCCAGAAUGUAAUGAUUGCAGGACUGUAUAGAAUGCCAGAAUGUAAUGAUUGCAGGACUGUAUAGAAUGCCAGAAUGUAAUGAUUGCAGGACUGUAUCGAAUGCCAGAACGUAAUGAUUGCAGGACUGUAUCGAAUGCCAGAACAUAUUUAUUGCAGGACUGUAUAGAAUGCCAGAAUGUAAUGAUUGCAGGACUGUAUCGAAUGCCAGAAUGUAAUGAUUGCAGGACUGUAUAGAAUGCCAGAACGUAUUUAUUGCAGGACUGUAUAGAAUGCCAGAAUGUAAUGAUUGCAGGACUGUAUCGAAUACCAGAAUGUAAUGAUUGCAGGACUGUAUCAAAUGCCAGAAUGUAAUGAUUGCAGGACUGUAUAGAAUGCCAGAACGUAAUGAUUGCAGAACUGUAUAGAAUGCCAUGACGUAAUGAUUGCAGGACUGUAUCGAAUGCCAGAAUGUAAUGAUUGCAGGACUGUAUAGAAUGCCAGAACGUAAUGAUUGCAGGACUGUAUCGAAUGCCAGAAUGUAAUGAUUGCAGGACUGUAUCGAAUGCCAGAAUUUAAUGAUUGCAGGACUGUAUAGAAUGCCAGAACGUAAUGAUUGCAGGACUGUAUAGAGCUGCAAAUUCUACAUAAGGACAUUUCAUAUUAGUACGGAGUCUGUAGGGGCCAGAUUGUGAUGAUGGCAUGAAAUAGCAUGUCAUUUAGGGGUAGAUUAAUUAUGCUGGUCUUUUUCUAAAUGACUACGUAACAUAUUUUACUCAUGCAAACUAAUCUCAAAACAACUUUACCGCAUGCAGAGCAUCCAUCACUGAGAGUUGUUUUGCCCUGUAUCUCCGAAAUAGUCUCAUUCUCAAAGUACAUCACUGGGAGUUUUACUUUAGUGGAGCUCUGUGAUGCUCCUGCACUAACAAACCGCAUACAUUACUGUGGAGCUCUGUGAUAUUCGUGUAUACGUGUGUUUUAUUGCUGUGUAGAGAAAGGGCAACUCCUUAUAGGUGCCUGUCAAGUAGAUGUGCCCACCCUGACUACAAAAGUGUUUGUUUGUUUUUUUGUUUGUUUUUAAAUGUCUGUUGUUGGAGUUUCAGAGGUGUUUUUUUUUUUGGGGGUGAGGAUUUAGGCACUUGAGAAAAGUCACCUGAGGUGUAAAUCCAGUAACGUGUGGAUUUGGGACACCCAUUUAUACUUUAUGUUUGUAAGUAUGUGUUUUCGUGCAUAGGAUAAUGUUUGCUUUUUGUGUGUGUGUGUAUUGCUCUGAAUGUGCACUGUAAAGGUUAAUAGUAGUUUUUCUCUGUGUGUCCUUCCUGCUGAGCAAUGACAUCUUGGAAAAUGUAUUACUGUAACAGUCACAAAUCCCACAUUCGGUGUCCAAAUAUAUGUAUCUGGGUGGGUGUGAGUAAGGGGUGGGAGGAGGUGAAGAGAGAGACAUUGAGUAUUGACACAGCUCUGUCCACACCCGCAUCCAUUAAAAUACUUUAACUGGAGCCGGGACAGACUUAAAGAAACUAAACUGGUUUACUUUACACCUUAAUUUAGAUCUAAAACUGCUUGAAAAAGUAAAGCGAACCGAAGCAUGUGACGGUUAUUAUUCUUCUUAAAAAUAUAUAGUCCUCUCCACAUAUAUAUUAUACACAUAUUACAAUACUAUUAUAAAUAUAGUGUAACAGUCGUAUGUAUACUGAAAAUUUACAAAUAACACUUAUCCAUCUAAUGUUAACUUCCACCUACUUUCUUUUAUGUGUAAAGUUAAGACACUCAAGUAUACGUGUGCAUCUAUCUCUUUACUUCUCAACCUUUGGCACUCCAGAUAUUGUGGACUACAUCUCCCAUAAUGCUCUGACAGCCAUAAUACUGGCAAACAUAGUGUGAGAUGUAGGCCAAACCACCUGGAGUGCCAAAGGUUGCCUACCACUGUUCUAUCAUUUAAAAUUGUUCUUUAAGUACAGUUACUGGAAGCACCUAUAUUUAGUCCUCCUGCUCAGUACACGUAGAAGGAUAUGAAGCUGUUGUUGAAAAUUUUAAUUGGUGAAUUCGUUAUUUUUCUAAAAUAUCAAUAUUUUAAAAAGCUUUAUUUUUGUACAGAAGCUGUGAUCGCCACUUUAUCAGUAUGCUCCAUCUUGGAGUUAGGAUACUCCCCGGCAAGUUGAAGUAAACACUGGGUAAAUUAAGGUCAUUCCUCUACUAAGAUUGUAUUUUUGCUAGUUGGAUAUGUGCCUGUCCUCCCUCUGCCCAUGAUAGGACCACUCCAGGAAAAGAGAAAACAAUGGUUAUAGGAGAUAAAACAAAAAUGUCCUUAUGUGUAAAGGACCUAGUUUGUAUACCAUUGGGACGAAAAAAAGAAAUGCCUGAUCGCAUAAUUACUUUUUUAUUUUAUUUUCAAAAUAAGCUAAACCAAGCAUACCAUAAAUUCAGUCAACAAUCUUUGUAGACCAAGUAAUCAGAGAGGUGCAACUGUUCUGUACCAAUAGCACUGCAGUUAGUGUGUAUGUCAAUUUAGUCAAAUGGGCCUAACCUUUAUUUUUAAGAAGCUGCUAGGCCUCCUCUUAACCCUGGUUAGGCUCCUCAUAAUAUAACAAUGCAACCCAGUAAGCAUUCCGUACAUAUCUUCUGAUCAUAGGUGUGUGCAUGGGGUGUGCCGGGUGUGCCUGGGCACACCCUAAUCACACCUCCGUGCUGCACUGCCUUAGGGCAGACUAACAUGUCGGGUCCUCGGUCUAUGACCGAGGACCCGACACAGGAGGGGGCCCGGCAGCUUGCCCACAAUGCCACUGGGUGUGAGGCCCCUCCUGUCAGUCUGCCCUGAUGGAGAUCCAGCCUCAGUCUGAAGCUCCGCCGGGAGUGAGCUGCAGACUGAAGUGUCUUGCGAUCUCUAGCCUGUCAGAGCGUUGCCGCGCUCUGACUGACUGGAGAUCGCGAGACUCGCCAUGUGGUCUGCAGCUCACUCCUGGCGGAGCUGCAGACUGAAGAGAGAGGGCGCCCAGUGGACCACCAGGGAAGGUAUUUAAACCCUCUGCCCCCUGUCACUCACUGCCCCUCCAACCCCCACCCCCUGUCACUGCCCCUCUACCCCCUAACCCUUGUCACUGCCCCUCCACCCCCAACCCCUAUCACUGCCCCUCCACCCCCAUUACCCCUCUCACUGCCUCUUCACCCCCCACACCCUGUCACUGCCCUCUAACCCUACUUGCCCCACCACCCCCUAACCCCUGUCACUGCCCCCUCUACCCCCAACCCUGUCACUGCCCCCUCACCCCCAACCCCUGCCCCCUCUACCCCCAACCCUGUUACUGCCCCUCCACCCCCUUACCCCUGUCUCUACCCCUCCACCUCCCUUACCCCUCUUACUGCCUCUCUUCACCUACACAUCACUGCUCACCCUCUCACCCCAGACCUCAGUCCUCCACCCCCAACCCCCUGCCCCUAAACCCUGUCCAGUGUCCUUCUACCCCUCCAGCCCCUGUCGCUGCCCUUCUACCCCUCCAACCCCUGUCGCUGCCCUUCUACCCCCAUCCCCUGCAGCUGCCCCUCCACCCCCUGUCACAGCCCACCCCCACACAGUGCACCCCUCACAAUCAUAAACACUGUACCCCACACACACACUGUACCCUCACAAUUACACUGCACCCCUCACAAUUACACACUGCACCCCUCACAAUUACACACUGCACCCCUCAAAAUCACACCACACUGUACCUUUCACAAUUGCGCACACACACUGUACCCCUUGCAACCACACACACUGCACCCCUUACACGUUGCACUGCUCACAAUCACACACACACCGCACCACUCACAAUAACACACACACUGCACUGCUCACAAUCACACACACUGCACCUAUUUGUAUUUGUGUAUAUAUAUAUAUAUAUAUUAUAUAUAUGUGUAUGUAUGUAUGCUGCGUGUGUGUUUGUGCUUUAGGGUGCACACCCUAAUGCAACAGGCUGCGCACGCCUAUGCUUCUGAUAUACAUUACCAUCUGAGGGGCGUCAUCUCGGAAGUGAGACAAAUAUUCAGGGACAUUCUAAAAUGUGAAAUUCUUGAAAACAACUGACCAAUAGAUACUCUUUUAUGAGUUCAUCCAAUCUUGGUCCUCUAGCUGCUGCUAGAAUACAUUUCCCAGUAUUCUCUGUUGCAAAUAGUAUUGGGAAAUUUAAUUCAUGGGCAGCUGCAGAGCUAGGAUCGGACAUCCCUGCUCUACUGGAUUCACCAAUAUGAAUCCCUGUGAGUCAGUUUGUUGAGCCAAAAGUUUGCUAUUGACCUGAUAACCAUUCUCAGCAGUAGAACUCAACUUUACCCUUCUAGAAGCUGGCAUUCAGCCAAGCUGAUGUUAAACCUCGGGAGUCAGUGUUUGAACUUUGUGGGAUCUCUGUAGAACAGGUUGACAAUGGAGAAAGCACUGUUAUUCUUGGCCAUGUUUGUCAGCAGGAUUUUUGUUUUUAAAUAAUGAAUAGGAAAAUGUAAAGUUGAAUAGAUUCCAAAUGUGUCACAGUCUUUUGUUUGGGACAGUCUGGCCUUGCAAAAGUAUUUGCCUCCUGGACAUGUCACAAUGCAAUACAUCAAGAACCUUUGGCUUCAAUUUUUUGGGGAGUCUCUUUGUUUAAAUCUCUACCAGCUUUGCACAUCUGGAUCUUAAUUCGCCAUUAUUCUUGGCAGCAUCAGUCAAGUUCUGUCAGGGUUGAAUGGUGACAUGGAGAUUCUGUGAGAAGAUUUGUAAUCUGAUCCAUCACUAUGAGGUCUGUUCUUUUAUCAAUUCUGAGGCAUUUGGGUUCUUGGUUUUUAAACAACUGCAGUGGGGCUUUGGCUGCACUUUUAGUGUCAUUUAUACUGCUGGAAUGUUGAACCUCUGCCAUUUUCAAGUGUCUUUUGGUGUGUCACAAUGCUGUGCAUGCUGUAGGUAGGAUAAACAGACAAGCGCACAAUAACGAAGGUACACACCACACAUGCGGAAUUUGAUAUCAACAUGCUUUCAUCUUUGACGACAGUCUGGAUUCUUCGAAAGAGCUCUUGCCCCCUGAUUGUCCCUAAAGACAUGUACUGGUUCCAUUCCCCUGAUAAACUGCAUCAGGUACAAACUUUCUUGUAUAGUCGUAACUAAAGCCAUGUAUUCAGCUUCACAUACAGGACAAAGCUUCAGUAUACUAUUUCUUAGACUUCCAUGCAAUCAGUGGAUCAUUUUCUGUAAGCAGGACCCUGUCUUCUUUCUUCUAUCAUUCACAUUAGAGGCUCAAUCAGCAUCACUGUAUGCUUCUUGUUUAAAGUCGUGAUGACAGUUCUUGUAGCAUAGCUCAUAGUUAAUGGUAUACUAUAAGUAUCUUGUCAUGUGUCACACAAUAAAUGAGGAACACACCACACGCAUUUAGCUCUUUACUGUCCCACACUCAACAGAGGAAGAGGUGAAGCAACAACUUUAUUGAACCAUGAAAAAAUAAUAAAUUGAGGGUCCCUACGAAUUACAUCUCCAAUUUAAUGUCUUCCUGUGGAAUUUGGUUUGACGUAAAUUCACAUUGAAUCAAUCCAGACCAGUUUCUCAGUCCCUGGUGUGGGGUAAGCAAUAUUUUUUUUUGUUUUACCGUUUUGGUUCCAUCAAACCAGAGAACAUUUUUCAAAUGUUGAUUUGUCACCUGUGUAUUUGGUCACUGAGGUUUUUUUUUUUUUUUUGUAAAUUCUUUAUUUUUCAGUGUUAUUGAAGAUUAUUAUGGGAUACAGAAUGAAAAAGUAGGGAGGGGUGUUAGUCACAUCAGAUUCAUUGGUACAAUUUGACAUGAAAUAUUUCGCUAUUGUCUUUGACAGUAACGUGUUACUUAUCAGUGCUGUGAUCUUUGUGACCUGAGCUCUUUUGUCACACUUUGAAGAGCACGUGAGGUAUUGGGUCAUAAUUUCUUGAUGUCUAGAGGUGGAGACCACUCUUCGGUCUUUGCGUGGGUUUGUGUUGUGUUUCAUUCAGAGGUGUGAGGGUGUUGGGGAUUUGGGGUGGUGAUUUGUAGGGUGGUAAGGUCGUAACUGGGGUGUUUGUCGUUGUGUUGCGCGUCCUUUACCUACGUUUAUGUUGGGUGGUUAGAGAGCUUUAUUCGUGCUGGAGGCUGAGCCUCCCUUUCAUUGUGUGCGGAUGUUGCUUUGUGAGUGUCUCUAGUUCUUGAUUGCGUGUCGUCCGUUCUGCUUUUUAUUGUCCUUAUAUUUUCUGGGAGUGUGGUCCGUCUAGUGGUCUCUUUGGUUAUUCCAUGUAGUGUGGGUGCGCUUUCCUUGUAGAAGUGGGUGGUUAGGGUAGAGGUGUGGGGGAUGGGAAGGAGGGGUUGAGGGAGGGUUGACGAGGAUGGGCGGUUGUGUGGGGUUGGAUGGAGUGGGGUGGUGUUGGGGAGGUCUAGGGUUGUUCCUGGGCAGGUGUACGGGGGGUGAGUGGCCCCCCCGCUCAUACCCCAAGCUGGCGGUUCUGGACCCAUGGGUCCCAGAUCCUGUGGUAGUUGUGUGUCGUGGAGCAGGGCCGACACUUUGUCCAUCUCCAUAGUUUCCUCUGUUUUGUUAAUUAUGGUUGUGAGCCGGGGUAUGUUCUGGCUGCCCCAUUGUUCCGCUAUCGUACGUCUGGUGGCCAGCACCAGUCUCGCUACCAGUUUGUUCUGGGCUCUGGUAAGGGGGGUAAAGGGUUUGGAGAGCAAUCAGAUCCAGGGAUCCAUGGGUAUGUCCGUGUCCAGUAUCCUGAAGGUGAGAUCUGAUACCUUGCCCCAUAUUAGUGAGACCUGGGGGCAUUCCCUCCAGUGGUGGAUAUAUGUGCCCUUUUGUCCGCAUCCCUUCCAGCAGGAAUCUGUGUCUGCGCGCCCCAUUUGGUUCAUUCUCAGGGGUGUAAGAUACCACCGGAGCAGUGUUUUGUAGGCCUGCUCUUUGUGGUUAACACAUAUUGUAAGUGAGGCUGUGGCCUCCCAUAUGUCCGCCCAGUCUGAGGGGUCCUCUGGGGGACCUAUAUCUCUUUCCCAUGCUUUUAUGUAUGGGUGGGCGUCCUCCGGGGAGUUGGAGUUUAGGAGGAGGUAUAUAGUGGAGAUUUGCCAUUUUUGUAUGGGUGCGUGUAUACAUGCCUUUUCGAAUUGUGUUAGUGAGGUAGUGGCUGCGUUAUGUGGCUCGUUGGGAAAGCUGCUUAUCUGUAGGUAGCGCAAGUGAUCAAAGGUAUUUAAUGGCGUCUGUCUUGGUAAGUUGAGGAAUGGUCGGAGUCGUUGGCCCUGGAAGAAGUGGAAGAAUUUGUAUAGGCCAUUGUAUUCGUAAUGCGCAAAAUCUUGGGGUGACAGGACCGGGGGGAAUUGUUUGUUUCUUAGGAGUGGUGUGAGAGGCGAUGGGGUGAUCGCUAUGGGGUGGCGCUAGAUAGUAUUGUCCCGUAUAAGAAAGGAUGUUGUUAAGGCGGGGGUGGUCUGUGGGGUGGGUGGUCUAUCUCUCUUGGGGAGCCAGAGAAGGAGCGAGGGAUGGUCCCUGCCCAGGAGGUCAUGCUCGAGAUCCACGCAGAGUUUGACAGUCACUGAGUUUUGAUAGCAGAGUUUCUGUUGUGUCAUGUCAUUUCCAUUUUUUGUUAUAAUAGAUUUGAACUGUGUUCUAAGUGAUAUUCAAAGUUUGCUGUAUUUUUGUUCUGUUUUUUACCUAUGUUUUUUUUUGGGGGGGGGGACAUAAUAAUAAAAUAAUUCCUACUUUAAAUUGUUGGAUAUAUUGUGUAAAGCCAGAGGUAAAAACCCCCCAAUAAAAUCAGUUUUAAUUCCAGGUUGUAACACUGCAAAAAGUGGAAACGUCUAAGAAGGGUGUGAAUACUUAAGCCAAGCACUGUACGCCCUACUGUCUUGUAGCCUCCAAUAUACAGGACUAUGUAGGGAGUGCCACUGAAGUGUUAUCUGUAUGGUCCUAGUGUUCAUUCACAUCGGGACACCAAGAAACAAAAUCAUCUAUAUCGGGACUCUUGGGAGGCCUGUUGUCUCGAUCAGUGACCUGAUUAUUUCCAGUAGUGGUUAUGCAAGUUUGCCCAUAAACAGAUGGAGAGCGUUGAUUACACUGUAUAUACAAAGCAGCUGUUUUAAUACACACUUAAAAUUCCAAUAUGGAGUGACCUUUGCCAUCAUGUCAUGUUGGGCAAUAAGAUAACAAAUCAGUCAAAAAAAACUUGAAUAUCUGCUGUGUCUGCCAAAGAAAAGAGUUAUUCUAGUGGAAAAGGAAUUAGUCAAUAUCCAUGCAAACAUACAAAGGUAAAUAUUGCAAAAUAAUAAUGCAAAUAGCAACAGACAAAAAUUUACCCAAAUCCUUAAAGGACCACUAUAGUGCCAGGAAAACAUACUCGUUUUCCUGGCACUAUAGGGUCUCUAGGCCCCCCCCACCCUCAGGGCCCCCCUCCAGCCGGGAUCUAGGGGGUGGAAGGGGUUAAAUCUUACCUGUUUUCCCCCACCGGGCUCCCUCGGCGCUGAAUGUCAGCGGCUGAAUGCGCAUGCGCGGCAAGAGCCUCGCACGCAUUCAGUCAGUCCAUAGGAAAGCAUUCGCAAUGCUUUCCUAUGGACGCUGGCGUCUUCUCACUGUGAAAAUCACAGUGAGAAGCGCGGAAGCGCCUCUAGCGGCUGUCAAUGAGACAGCCACUAGAGGCUGGAUUAAUCCAUUUGUAAACAUAGCAGUUUCUCUGAAACUGCUAUGUUUACAGCAGAAAGGGUUAAUCCUAGAUGGACCUGGCACCUAGACCACUUCAUUAAGCUGAAGUGGUCUGGGUGCCUAUAGUGGUCCUUUAACUACUUGUCUAGAGGUAAUACGGAUGGAACGUUUAGCGAGUGCCACUCUACUAAGUCAUUAACUGGUCAAAAUAUCUCUGGAACAUUAAUCAUUUUUGACCUUAAAAAAAUCACCUUGAAACAUGUUUUGACAGUAAUUAUCUGCUAAAACCAUGCUAUGUAGUGGAAAGUUUUACCUCAUUGCAACAAGGUAAUAAAUGCUUUAUAAAUGUCUUGAUAUAUAUAUUUUUUUUAAUUAUAAUUUUCAGAACAUAUCAAUGCAUAUAUUAAGCAAAGGUCAGAGGUAUGAUGUGUACAGAUCCAACUGGAAUCUCAAAAAGAAUUUUAAAAAAUUAAAAAGAAACAAUUAUACGGAUAAACAAGCAGUGUUUUAUGGUUGCAAAAGGGAGAAGAUAGGAAGAGCAGUGGAUAAGGAGCAUCACAUUAGGAGCAGUUAAAAGAUUUUUGGAGUCUUGGUCUGCAAAAUAUGAAAAAAGAGCUAUGGGUUUCACUAGAAUCUGGAAGAACGACUUCCUUCCUUGCCACAAAAAUACUCGCACACACCAUGUAUAGUUACUACCUUCAAUUGUAACCAUCACAUGUGGCUAACUACUGUCUAACUACCUAAACGCCAACAAUAUUGACAAUUUGGUGUCAGUCACCCUGCGACACACACAAGCACACACACCGUCCCCGUCAAAUUGAGUGAUACAUCAAACCUUCCACUUUAAUCCAACUGUUCCAUUAUACUCUGUAUAAGAUAUGAGACUUUUCAUUUGGAUUCUACAAAUAUUUUCACGCUAGUUGCUUUGUUUAUAUACUAUAGCUGUUACAAAGGUCCUCUCACUUUGAUUAUCGUAAGGUUGGUGGGUUCAAGCAAGGUGAAUGUAUGGCUGGGGAUGACAAUCGUACUUUUCCAAUUUAGAUGACAGCCCUGACAUCCACCGGUCUUUACAAUGGCAAUAAAAGUUCAAAGCAAGCAGUUCACAGGGGAAUCUGAGAAUCCCAUAUUUAUUAAAAGAACACAAGUUCAAAGAUUAAGCAAAUGGAAUGGCCCAACAUCUGUUAGUCACUGACUUUUCCUGAGAGACCCUUCUAGUAAAACCUUGAGCAUUUCCUCCUGUGCAUUUUACAUUUGCAGUUUCCCAUCAGUUAUAGGGUACCAGUGGUCUAAUUUCACAGUCAUGCAGGGGCAUUAAAAUAUAUCACAGAACUACAAUAUUCUUGUCUUUAUUGAAGAAUUAAGUAGCUUGAGUCAGCUGUAGAUAUGUCUACGAAAAGUUUUGUAGUUGGGUUUUUUUUUUAUUGAGAAAUAAAUAAAAUACUGAGUAUGAAUACAAAGCUGCACAAUGGCUGGAAAAUACAAAGAUUACAACAGUUCUUAGUAAUAUCAUCACAGCAAAUAAAUUAAACACGGAAUAUUGUUAAGGAAACAAAUAAAUCAUAUGACAAAUAUGGAUUCAGAUUGGCAAUGCUUUAACAGUGAGAAUGUAAAAAUUCCAAGGUUAACAAAUAUGAAGAUUGCCUAGGGAGCACCAUUGCACCUCUUCCAACGUAUUCUACUUUUUGGAUCCAUUCCUCAGUAAAGGGAGGUUUAGAAUUUUUCCAUUAGCUGCAGUAAGUAAAAGUAAAGAUUAUUUAUCUUUAGGUAAAGUUAUUGGUAGUAGGUGAGCAAAGCUGCAAAGCCAGUUGAGUAAUGUACCAACUUGAAACCAAUUUGCAGUUAAUUUCUUGGAGACGAACACGAACGUAGACCUGGAAAAUUGUUUAAAAAGGUUUGUUCCGUUCUGUUGUAGUGAGAGAUAAUGACAAGUUUCUGGACCAAGUCUCACUAAAAUAUGGUGAUCUUAAUUUUUUUUUUUUUGAACAAAAUGGAACGUCACAUAAAAAAAGAUUAACAGAAAUUAAAUGUUCUAUUCAAUAAUGUAACUUCAAGACGAAUGACAGCUCCGCUUUAACUUUUCUCCAAAAUUAGUUUCUAUUGUAAUCAUUUAGACACAAGAACACAAAAACAUAACGCAUCAUGUUAACCCUACUUUUUAGAGAAACUGUAUCCCCACCAUUGCGUAUGCAAGAAAGUAUUGCCAAUCAAAAACUUUAUUCAAGCAGGUUUGGUUAUUGUGAUUCUAACCAGCUAAUACUCGGUGGAUUAAGAUCCAGAACCACCAACCUGACCACCGAAAGCGUUAAUUAUAGCCUCCCAUGGCAAAGCAUUUAGUAGAGAAAAACAUUUCCAUAAAAGUAAAUGUUUAGAAAUUAAUGUGGGAAAAAUUCUCUGUGUGAUGAAGAAUAUUUAUUUUCUCAGAUCUGUGCAAUGCAGAUUUCUCUGGAGAACCCUUGUUGUGGUUAAAUAAAAUAACGUGCUGUCACUACUCUAAUUAGCUAAUCGUAUUAAACAUGGUUUAUUCUAGUGACCCGCUGCAGUCAAAGAAUGACAUAUAAAUGAAUGUACUAAGCGGUGAUGUGAAAGUAUCAAGCAUGGAAUCAUGGUGAUCUCAAAUUGGAGAGGCUUCUCUCUCACUUCAUUCAGCUCUGAAAUUAGACAAAUAACAUGAAAAUGUUUUUUUUUUUUUUUUUACCACGUGCUAUUUGUAAAUUUUUCUGCUGAAGUUUUUAAAUGAAGAUAUAUAGAUCUUUCCUAUAGAUUAGCCUUGGUCUUGUCAUCUUGCAGACAUAAAAUAUGUAACUAUUUUAUUUUUCUUUACAAUUUUGUACAAUACAAUCUUUAUAUCCGUAUUUAGCAUGUUUGUAGAGGUGGAAUAAUACAAAUAAACAAGGUGUGCCAGCAAUUAAGGGUUAAAGGACCACUAUAGUGCCAGGAAAACAAACUCGUUUUCCUGGCACUAUAGGGUUAUUAGGUGUCCCCCCCACCCUCAGGGCCCCCAACCCGCUGGGCUGAAUGGGUUAAAACCCCUUCAGCCACUUACCUGUCUCCAACUCCGGGCUCCCUCUGUGCUGGGGAACUCUCCACCCCCUGCCGACGUCAGAUCCGAAUGAGCAUGCAAGGCAAGAGCCACGUGCGCAUUCAAACCGCCCAUAGGAAAGCAUUACUCAAUGCUUUUCUAUGGACGUCCAGCGUCUUCUCACUGUGAUUUUUCACAGUGAGAAUCGCGGAAACGCCUCUAGCGGCUGUCGGUGAGAUAGCCACUAGAGGCUGGAUUAACCCUCAGUGAAACAUAGCAGGGUUAAAACUAGAGGGACCUGGCACCCAAACCACUUCAUUGAGCUGAAGUGGUCUGGGUGCCUAUAGCGGUCCUUUAAGGGAAGUGAUCCCUUUAAGCACUCUUUUUGCAGUGCAAUGCGGAAACCAUAAAAAGGAAGACCCCACAGUAAAGAUCAUGCUGUGGCUAUUGUAAAGACUACAUUUGCAAUUCUUUUUCCAAUAUAUAUUUUUAUUGGAUUAUAACAGAAGAGAAAUUAUAACAAAAAAAUAAAUUUUGAUAGACACAGUAUUCCUUACAUUUAGCAUUAGGUACAAACAUUAAAUAUUGCUGGUAGUAGAGCAAUCGUACAGCUUUUACAUAGACAGAGGCAAUCAACAACUACACUUAUACAGAAGCAUAAUUAGCAUACUUUAGCAUACAUUUACUGUGGAUUAGCAAUGUCAUCUCGCCAACUGUUGGUGGGUACCAAAUCUGCAAAGCCAACGAGAUAGACAUGCAAUAUACCUUGUUGUAUUGGCUUCACAUUGUCGCUGGUCUCUCGUAUCUCCUCAAAAUGGAACGGGGUAUGUACCUUUACGUUAUAUUUUAGGGCAAAGGAAGGAAAAGUAUAGGAGCAUCACAUAAUGGGGGAAAACAGGGGAGUAUUUCACUCCAGAAAUUCAAUCGAGACUGUUUGGAAACGUAGAAACAUAGAGUUUAGCUGGUGCACCUACACUUGGACUGGCUCUACCUUGCAGUUAUCAGUUAGUCAUCUGGCGUCUUUGGCCUGACAUUUUCCAAGGAAAGUGCAUUACAUACAGUCGCAUAAACAUUACCUUAGACAAUCCACAAGACAUUACCCAGUUCAUUCUCUAACCUGGUCAUUUAAGUACACCUCGACUGUAGGUAAAAGUACGGUAAGCCUGACAGUGGGGCUCUUGGGCGCUCUAUUUUGGGUUAUAUAGGAAUUGAUCCCGAACCUCAACCCAAACUUUCCACUGUUGUUAAUGGGAAAGCAUUUUACCCUGUAUGUUCAAGGUAAUUUUUUCAUAUAAGCAUAUGGAAUCUACUCUUUGAAACGUGUCUUCCAUAGGCGGGGGUAGAAUACUUUUCCAGUGGUAGGCAAUGCAAAUUUUUGCUGCUACAAGGAGAUUCAAUAUCAUUGUCCUAUUUUGCAUAGAUUCAAGGUCUGGAAAAAGGUGGAGCAGAUAAUAUUCAGGCAGUCUGGGCAUAAUAAUCCUGGAGGCCUUAUCUACUAGAUCUGCUAUAGUGUUCCAAAACUGUUUUAGUACUGAGCAUUCCCAGAAUACAUGACUGAGAGAACCUAUGUCUUUUUGACAUCUCCAACAGGUUAGGCUGGAGCCUUUAGAGAUUUGUGAGAGCGUUUGCAAUUCUUUUAAAGGGACACUUUUAAAGGCACACUGUAGGCCAAUGAUGGCUUACGUUGACACGAUAAAUUGUUUCUGGACUACAUUUCCCAUGAUGCUCAGCUAGCUUUUAAAGUCUAAAAGCUAGCUGAUCAUCAUUCGAAAUGUAGUCCAGAAACAAUUGUGGUGCCAAGGUUAGCCAUCAAUGCUGUAGGCAUUGUAAUCAUUUUAUCUAACUGAAGUGGUUAUAGUGCCAGAAGUUCCCUGGCCCUGUUCCUCCUUUCAGUGUUAAACCAUUUUCAAGCAGUUUAACAUUAGAUGAGGGUCCCUGGCCAUCCACAGCCCCAACCCCUAGUAGAGGUAUAGCUACGGGGUUACCAUGUUACCUGUCCCAAUUCAAACCAACAAUGGGUGACUGUGAUAGGCUGAAAGCAGUCAGCAAAUCACAGCUGCCCAUUGCCUCAUUAGCCUGAGAAGCGCAGAAGGACGGGUUGCUGGGGACUCUUGUUUAUCAUAAAAAAUGGUUUAGCACGGAAAUGGAAACACAGUACCAGGGGUCUCCGAGUGCUAUAACCACUUCAAUGAGAUGAAGCGGUUACAGUGCAUAGAGUGUCCCUUUAAGCAUAUGAAUAUAAUAGUAUGACUUGACAGUAAAUUAAUGCCUUGUGUAUCUUGUCUCUGCAGAGGUUCUGUCUUCUUGAACUUCUAGCUUUUCCAGUAGGCAUUCAUUGUCACUUUUAUAUCUGCACAACUAUUGGUGGUGUGGACAUGCUGAGAGUUGUGUCCACGAAUAAGGAACACUAUAGCAUUAGGAAUACAUUUUAUAUUUCUAACGUUAUAGUGUCCCUGUCCCUACUUGUAGUAAGGCAGGGGUGCCCAAAAGGUAGAUCCCCAUAUGUUGUAGAACUACAACUCCCAUGCUAUGCAUGCCUUUAGAAUGAUGAAGCAUCGUGGGAGCAGUAGUUCUACAACAUCUGGGCAUUAGACAUGUGCAAUUCGUUUUGUUACGAAUGUCAAUUCGGAUGAAUUUCGGCAAUUCGGACAUUCGGAUACAUCCGAAUGUCCCAUUAGCUGAAUUGCCGAAGUUCUGAAAUUCCAAAGUGCCGAAGUUGCCCAAGUUCCGAAGUGCCAAAAUUCUGCAUUGCCGAACCAAACCGAAUUUCGGAAUGCCGAACCGAACCAAAACUUUUCCCCAUGCACAUCCCUACUGGGCAUCUACCUUUCGGGCACCCCUGUAGUAAUGUGUCUCUCCUCCCCUCCCCCAGGUGCAAUAAAAUGUUUAAAAAUAUAUAUACAUUUUACUUACCAUUUUCAAGCUCAUCUACCUCACAGAGGAGAUUUUUCUCUAGCGAUUGUCCAAUCCAAUGCUUAUCAUAAAAUAGCAUUGGGGACAUAACACGCAUGCUUAGAAAACAGUGCCACAUGCUCAUUCAAGCGUUUUGAAUCAAUGCUUUCCUAUGGGGGCUUUACUCAUACUGACGGCCACAAGAGGGGGGCUUAAUCCUGCAAUGUAAACAUUGCAAUUUCUCAAAAACAUUGCAGGGUUAAGUGGACAGGGACACUGCACCCAGAUCGCUCAAUUGAGAUGCAGUGGUCUGGGUGACUUCAGUGUUCCUUAAAGUUACAAAGACAAAUAAUGAACAUGGUAUCAUCAGACCACUAAAGAUAGUAGAUCCACAGCUUGUUUACCUUUUAGAAGUCUUUGCCAUGCCUUGGAGGUCAUUACGUUGCCAGGUCUCUCACUUUUGCUAAGAACUGACCUGUUUCGCCCGCAACCGAGCCCGCUGAUCCCACUAACACAUAACGGGGCCUUGGGAGGCGGCCUGACGAGGAGCGCAUGGCCAGAAACUAAUGGAGAAGAAUAUCUCCCUCUGAAGGAGGCGCUACAUAAUGCGGGGCUAAAGAACAUACAGGAAUGGACCGGGACCGAAACCCCCACUCUCAUGCACAGGUUCCGUUACGCAUUUCUACUAUAACAUCCCGAACAGACAGGCGGUACAUAGGGAUACAACAUGGUUUGAAAACCUAUGCGUCGACACUCCUGAAGCGGAUGGGAGAGUCUCCAUAAUAUACCAAAGAAUACUGCUGGGCGGCCGGGUCAGGAAUAUAGCAUUUAAAAGUGGGAAGACCUCACGGGCAGGACAUACAGUGACGCGCAAUGGGAAUAGAUCCUCAUACUGCAACAUAAGAGUUCGAUCAGCUCAAAAUACCAGGAGGCCAAUUUUAAACUACUAUCCCACUGGUACCGAACACCUGUAUUGCUACACAGGAUAUUCCCAGGGACCCCUGACACAUGCUGGAGAUGUGAGACCCACACGGGUACAGUACGACAUAUAUGGUGGGACUGCAUUAAAAUACAACCAUACUGGGACCAAAUCCGACAAGAACUGAAUGUGAUCCUGGGCGACACACCGGACCUUAGCAUAGAAGCCGCCCUACUCCACUUCACGGACCAAUCCGUGGCACAAUAUAAGAGAUCAAUUCUAAGACAGCUACUCAAUGCGGCUAAAGCCUUAAUCCCAACGCUGUGGAAAAGCACACAACCACCCACGAUUGCACAAUGGCAACAGAAAGUCGAGGAAAUCUACACAGCGGAGGCAAAGAUCGCGGACCUACAAGGGAGAAGCACCAAACAUGUCGACUUAUGUAGGCCAUGGUACAUGUACCUAACACACACACGAACACAGGGGGAGGGGGGAGACAUGGGGCACACCGAGACACACACAACCAAUAUAUAAUCUACGUGAGCAUCCCCCCUUGGAGCCCCUACCCUCUCCCCCUCUCUUUCUUCUUCUUUUUCUUUCCCCCCGUUAUCUGGACUUGGCUCGGGCGGUGGCGGCUGGUGCCUGCGUAUCCUGCCCCUGGCCUCCUUCUGAGGCAAAAUCACAACAGCACCAAACAAGACCAGACGCAUGAAGGGACUGGGGACCCUUCCACACCACCACACACACGACCAAGUAAAUGCUAGACCACGCAAUAAAACACGUACAAACAUCCCGACCCGGGCCAAAGACGAUAAGGCCCAAUCUGGAGAAACAAAGACCGAAAGGACCCUUAGCACUAAAUCUGCCCCACUUAUAGACUGACACGAGACGCUUGACCGCACGGACAAAUACCGGGACUGAGACGAUAGCAAACUCAGAAACACAAUCCUAGACCUAUGUUAAAACACACCUCUGUAGUCUGCUCACUGAAAAGUUAACUUCUACAGCCAAAUAUCAUAAGCAACGGUAUUAGGGACUUACAAUCUCGCAUCUGAACGAUAUGACCAUGAGGUACACCUUGCUACGAGACCUGCGAGUCUCCCUACCAUUGAAGCUUACACAGAGAUUUGCAUAUCUCAAUGUAUACUAAGCACCUAUGAGUAUAAGAAACCUGCGAGUUUCAUAAUGGAUAUUAACCUAUUGCAUUCUACAACAUGAUAAAGAAAUUUACAAAAAAAAAUUGACCUGUUUCGGUGCCAAAACCAGGGUUUGCAGUUGUUGUAUAUCGCAGAUUUCAUAAAACCCCCAUCUUACACUUUCUGUUGACACAGCUGAGCAAUGUUGAGUUUCCUAGUGACAUGAUUAGUACAAAUGUUCAAUAAAUUAAAAUAAAAAAAAUCUAAUAAAUAAACAGACCCAUCAGAAGGGAUUCCAAGAUAAACCUGUCUUUGUACUUGGCGUAUAUUUCCAAGAAUAACACCACCGCAUGUUUACUGUAUCAGAACAUGACCAGUACAUGUUAAUUGUAUCUAGAGGAAAUGCUAACGUUUUAAUGUACUAAAGUGAGCCCUGUCAGGAGUUCAAUGUGAACUUCAUAUUUUAGACCAGGAUACAUUUAGCUUAUACAGAAACAAGAAUAUUUUGCUUUUCUGUACUGUUCUAUGAACAUGUAAAAUCAAUGUAUCUGGACACUGUACUAUUUGGAGAAAAUAUCUACAGAAUGCGAUCACUUUUAUAUGACAUAUCCUCCUAUUGUACAGCAUGCCGUAUAUGUUGGCGCUUUGUAAAAAUCACUGACACAUUUUGAAUGAGCGCAAUUUAUCAAGGCAAAUCUGGAGACAUUUAAUGGUAAUUACUGAAUUAGUAUCAAUCAUUAAAAUAUUACUUUGUUUACUUUAAUAUAUUUUAAUAUUGUCAAAAUGUAGCCUCCGUUUUUAUAUUACAAAUAUGUUGUUUUCCAAUUUGCCUUUUGUCAGAAAGUCAGUCAUUUAAAGUAAUUUAAUCCAGUUGCAUUGCACUACUAAAGAGAUGAAAAUGUGCAGAAUUAAACAAUUAAGCUAUACAUCAUGCAUAGACACUACAAAAAGAGGCCCAAGGCUAAAUGUUGCCCCUUGGCACAGUGAUAUGAACGCCUAAUCAAAACUUAGAAUCAGUGUAACGUUAUAUGUGUUGAAAAAUGGGAUUUGUGAUCAUCAAAAAAGUAUUGCUCAUGUAGGUUUGAAUGCAUGUGAAUUAUUGCUGCGUUAAUAUUGGCGAAACUCUCAUAUACUCUUGUAUAUAGUGGAUGUUGGUGUCACUGCCCUGCAAUGUUUAAAUGUGACAUAUCGCGUGCCCCCAUUUGACAUAUCCUUAAUGUCCUCUGGUUCUCCUGCAGAUCUGGUUCUGGAGAGCUGUGACUUGGAUUGCGCAUCAAAUAACCGCGAUCACCACACUGCAGACGUCGGCUGUACCCAGCUGAUAGUCCGGAGAGGGCAGCCCUUCAACGUCACCCUUCACUUUUCUCCCCGAGGGUAUGAAGAAGGUGUGGAUCAGCUGGCACUCAACAUUCAAACAGGUAUGCCAACCUCCAACUUACUAAUGUAUGGAUACUGUGACCUGCACCUGAUAUGCACAAAACCCAGAGGUUGAUAACAUAUUCCUAAAAUGUACCACAUCCGGGAAAUAACCUGAUAUUGUAAUUUUUACAAGACAAGUAGAGGGUACUAGAAAAGGUUUUGGGGGUUCAUUCAUUAAAAAGGGUAUUGCAUGGCACUGACGGGUGAAUUCCAGACGUUUGGUCAAAAUAAAAAAAUGUGAGAUUUUCUGGUGGAACUAUAUUUUUAGUUCUCCUUGUUCUGUUAAUAAACCCCUUGAAAUUUAGUCGAUUUUCUGGUUCACUGGAUCCUGCAUUCAUCAAAAGGCUGAGGUAGAUCCUUUAUUUCACACCUAACAUACAGUUAUUAUAUAUAUAUAUAUAUAUAUAUAUAUAUAUACAUAUACACACACACACACCAUUUAGAAUGUUCGUAAUUAAGUGGCAUCACUUUAUAGUCUGAAUGGGUGACCUGAAGGCCAGAACUAUCAAUAACAGAUCUCAUUGUCUAAAAGCAAUGUAUUAUUAUAUAGUAUAUUAUUUAAUAAUAUCAGUCAUAUUCCCUAUAAAUAGGUGUUGCAGUGGAUUACCCCCUCUUCCCCGUAUGACCUCUAUAAUGUAUUUAGAAUUUACAGUAAAAUGCAUAGUCAGCUGUAUUGCUAUACAAAGGUUAACUUGUGCUCAGUACAAUAAACAAGUGUAACUCCUUGUCCAAACAUUGAGAUGGAAUUCAUAUCAUGCUGCACUAAUCCCAGUGAGGUUACUGAUUGAUUUAGCUUAUGUGCCGUCUGAAUGUGACUGUAUAGAGAAGGAGGAGGAGGAGGGUUAAUUCCCAUCGCUGCCUACCAUUGUGUCAGAUCAUUUUUGUAACAAUGUGCGGAAGCCGAGGGACACUGGGUGUCUUUCCCUGUGCAUAGGUAUUUUCCCUGGUCCCUCACCCAGGUCUAGCUUCCAAGUGUGGGAGUAAUACUUCUAAAUCACUGGAUGUUGGAAAAAUCUCAAGUAUUACACCGUCUGUGUCCUUUGUAUACUUUCUCAAACUUUGUUAAACUUGAAGAUUUUUGUGUUGGGUUACAAUAAACUAAGGAAAAUAGGAGUUACCUUGAUAUAGUGGAUUGAAAAUCAGAGUAGUGCUGUCCGUCAGGUACUACGCAGCAGUGGAAAAGCGACAGACGGCUCCUCAGACACUACACACAUUUUCCGAACGAUCCAUUAAACCCUACUCAUCAUGUGUUCAGACUUGCAGUCAGAAGCAAUGGACUGGUCAUCAAACCCUAGAAACCUGGCCCACUCUGGUCUUGACUUGACUGGCUAUCAGACACUGUUCCCCAGCUCUACUGUGAAUAUUGUGGAAUAUAGAUUGACCAUUAUCAUAUAUAUUUUAUUUAAAUCUACUGAGAAUUUAUUUCCCCAGGCUGUAGGUUCCUCUAAUUAAGCAAAGUAGAUGAGGUGGACUUCAGGAAUGUGGCGAUGUGAGCCAAAAAUGUUUACAUUUUAAGCACAGUGUUUUUCUUAUUAAUUAUAAUGCAGCAUUAUAUUUAGUGGUUUCAAGAGUUAAUAUAUGAGAUUACAAAAUAAAUUCAGGUAUAAGCACAAUUAAAGGAGUCUGUUUUUGUAGUCUUUUCAGGGAUUAUUCAAGGUUCUUUUUCCAACAGGUCCAUGUCCCGCAGAAGAAUCCGGAACUCGUGCUCACAUUAAAUUGUCAGAUUCCCUCCAGGAGGGAGCAUGGAAUGCAUCUAUCAGUAGCAAUGAAGGGGACAAGCUGAUACUGUCUAUCAUCUCGCCUCCUGAUGCCCGCAUUGGAUUAUACAACAUUUCUCUGGAGGCCUCCACAGGAUACCAAGGAACUAGCUUCCAUCUCGGAACUUUCACCCUGCUCUUCAAUCCAUGGUGCCCUGGUGAGAGAGGAGAUGGGGUACUGGGAUAUAAGUCACUCUGAGUCCAAUACAAAUACAUUUUUACAGUCACAAUUAAAGUACCUCUGUCUCUUUUUGUCCAUUGUAUAUUGGAAGCAAUAAUGCUUAGAUUGAAAAACUGUAGUCCACAAUGAUGACCAGAUAUAGUACAGUUGCCACACUUCACUGUCAAUAGAUUUUAGUCCUUUUUUUAAAAGCCCUGAAAUCCUCUAUAUUAGCUUUAACCUUAACAAGCAGUUACUAUGGAUACCUGUCUCUCUCUUCUAGUCUUACUUUGUCGCAUGUUUUUCUUUUGUUUUUCUUUAGAGGAUACCGUAUAUCUGGAGCGUGAAGACCAGCGAACCGAGUAUAUUAUGACCCAGUAUGGAAUGAUCUUCCAAGGGACAAAGACCUCAAUCACCAGCGUUCCAUGGAACUUUGGACAGGUGGACAAAUUAUCUUUUACAGCCUUCUAUCUGUUAAUUCCAUUCAUUUUCCACGCCUUCGUCUUGCAUAUUAUUUCAUAGACUUUAUCACCACAUAACUUUAUUCCAUACGGAGUGAGCAAGAAACUUGUAUACAUGCGAGUAUUCAUGACUUAAAUACAGUAUUAUACUUCCUAUCCCAGCAUUGAAACCAGUAAAAGUUGCACGACUGGUAGUUGUCCCAUUGUGACCUCUAAUGACUAAACUCUUGGGGGAUUUGAGGACAUCAGCACUGUGCAGCAAUACCAUCAACACAGUAUAUUUGUUUUUGUCAUAAGCACACUCAUUUUGUUUAGGUCUUAAGAUUACCCCUCCACUUCCUUAUCUUGUAUAUUAUAUUUCACAUAAUGUCAGCAAAGAGUAACUGCGUUCUGUGAGGAAAUGACAGUGAGCAUUUGGCUUUUCUCCAUGUUAAGGGAACAUUGUGUUUAUACCAUAAAAGGUCUUCAGCAAAUACAGAAGUCAGAAUGCUUAUCAUCGAUGUGGAUUAACUGCUUUAUGCUCUGAAGAAUAUGUUAAGGCUGCACAUUAUGAAUAGACGUGGUCCCUUCCUUCAACACUGAAAGAUGUUAUUUUAAGUCGAUGAAGGAAAACCAUGCAGUAAAUUCAACUUAUGUUCUUACACACAUUUUGUAAAAACAAACAAACCUCCAAGCACCAUAAAAAUCAACUAUAACUUGCUGUAGUGGCUAUGGUGGUAGGAGAGCCCUGAUGCCCCCGAUUGCAAGUCGUCACACUGUUUUUGAACAGCUUGACUUAUUAUCUGGUGGUUAAGGUGCUUGGAAUGUUCCUCUUAAGUUGUAUUGUUGCCUAGGGUGUUCCUAACAUUUCAUGUACUACAUGAUUACAAUUUAAUCUGUUCCUUGUGCAACCCAACUUGCUGGCAAACAGACAACACUUGCAACACUUAUAUCCGCAGGCUAGGAUUUGUUAGAUUUCGCACAGGUAGAGUCAGAUUAAGAUUGCCCAAGGCCCCAAUAUGGGGUUUCCCCGCCUAGGGUUGUGUUUCUGUGCUGCGUGUGUGCUGACUGAGUAUUGUGUGUGUGUGGAGAAAGGUGAGAGCUGUAUGGGGAGAUGCUAAGAGUGUCUGUGUGGUGACUAAAUUUUGUUUGUGUGUGUGUAGAUGAGUGAGUGGGGCUGGGUGUUGGGUAUGGGGGUGCUGGGAGUCUGAGCGUGGCUGAGUGUUGUUUGUUUGUAUGUCCCCUCUUCUUCCUACUUACCUUCCCUAGUGAUCCAGUGGAUCACUGGUGGUCCGGUGGGGGAAAUCCAUUGUCUCUACUCAUUUUAGGUACAGACCACUUUAAGAGUGCCCUUGUGGUUCCACCACUCAGAUAAUGACCCAGAGAGCUGGCUGUGGCACUCUGAGUUAUCCAGAGGUGCCAGGGUGAGGGCAUUCAUAAAGUGGUCUGUACAUAAUAUUGGUACAGACCAAGCUCCCCCAAUGAAGUGAAGGAGUGCAGGGCCAUGCAGGGAGAUCUUUUAAUAUCCCUGCCACCUGGAAGUGGGCCUACUCAGAGCUGGAACUACAGUCAACUGUCUGAGCCCGAGCUCUAGACAGUCACCUUAGCUGUAGAAGCCAUUAGGUGGGCGGGCGGCUGCAAGUGCUGCACUUUCUCUUCCAAGACAUAGUAGCCAAUGAUUUUCAGUAAUAUUUAGGUCUGACUGGUAGAACAGGAAAAAAUUGUUGCGGCGCACUCAGGCUACAAAAAAUACAACACAAAGAAGGCUUCUAAAUUGCCUAUCUAAGAAUAAAUAUGGGGAUUUAGUUCCACCAUAUGGCCAUAUGAUAAGCCCACCACUGCUUUCACUGCUUUUUAUUCUUAGAUAGGCAAUUUAGAAGCCUUCUUUGUAUUUUUUGUAGUCUGAGUGCGCCGCAACUAUUUUUUUCAUGUAUGAAGUUUGGUCACUGCAGCAGCACCUUUCAUGCAAAAUGCAGGUCUUGGGUGUGCCCCCAAUCCUUUCUCUGUGAUUGGUAGAACAGGACUUAAAAUUUGAAUGUUUAUAUAUUUAUUUGAGUAAAUCUGGAUUUUCUGAGGUCAUGGUCCUUAUUUUUCAUGUCUUGUUAGUUUGAAGAUGGCAUCUUAGAAGCCUGCCUUCAGAUCCUGGAUACCAGCCCCAAAUUUGUGAAGGACUCUAACCGGGACUGCUCUAGGCGUAAUGACCCAGUCUACAUCAGUCGGGUUGUGAGUGCCAUGGUAAGUAUUAACCUUAAUGUAGAAACAAUAAUUAAUGGAGAUCUUCUACAAUGACCCAAUGUGAGAAAAUAGGGAAUGCAGUUUUGGAGUUACUGCUACAGAGAAGGGCUGGUAGUACAUGUACAUUUGAGAUCUAUCUCUUUUUUUUUACCUGCAGGUUAAUUGUAACGAUGAAGACAGAGGUGUGCUGUAUGGACGAUGGGACAACCUGUACGACGACGGAAUUAGUCCCAUGUUCUGGAUUGGAAGUGUGGACAUUUUGCGGAGGUGGAGGAAGUUUGGAUGCCAACCUGUGAAAUAUGGACAGUGCUGGGUUUUUGCUGCUGUGGCAUGUUCAGGUGAGAGGAUGGGAACAAUGGUGGGAUAUAAACAAUUGGAAAGAAUUCUUGGCGGCCAACUUCAUAACAAAAUGUAUUUUUACAUCUUUCUGACUCAUAGAGUAAUGGGUCUGGAUUCUAUUAAAUCAACAAUUAAAUGAAGGGAGGUAAAACUCUGUAACAGUCUCUUAUGAUGGAACACUUCCAGGACCAUUAAUGGAUACCUAAAUGUUACUUAAAGGGGAAGUUUCACUCUGAAAAUAAUAAAAAAAAUGUUCCCUUGAAAAUAACCUGUAGCUUAUGUUAACCUUUCUUUACACAAUGCUCAGUUUUAUUUUCCUUUAUUUUAAAUGUAUAAAACAGAUUUAAAGGGACACUCCAGAUCCCUAAAGCAGUUUAGCUGGCUUAAAUACUUUGUGAGAAGAGAGUGUCUAAGUAAGGCAGGAAGCUUUGACAUUUCUGGUAAACGAGAGAAAUAGAAUAUAAAGAAUUCAUGUGCAAACAGGUUACAAGAUCCUACACAUGGCCCCAACCCAAGAAAAUGUAAAAAAAUAGAAAAACCCUUAUUCUGGCAUCGUGGAAAAAGCUCCAGCCUAAAUGAGGAACAGAGAGGGAGGAAUGAAUGUCUGUGUUUUUUUUUUUUAAAUGUAUAUAGACUUUUUGACACAAAAAUAUUUCCAAUGGCAGUAUCUCUAGAUCAGGGGUAGGCAACCCGUCAGCACUUCAUCUUCCAUAAUGUUCUUAUAGCCAUAAUGCUGGCAAAGCAUCAGGGGAGAUGUAGUCCACAACACAUGGAGUGCUCAAGGUUGCCUACCCCUGCUCUAGAGCAAACCAAAGAUUAGAAGGGUCAAAUCAAGCACCAUUUAUUUGGGUUAACCCCAAUAACACUUGCUUAUUUAAUUAAUGUUAUUGUUAUUACCCAAUCUAUCUUCCAUCUCAGUAUGCCCUAGUCAUCUUGUCUCCAAUGUUCCAAAAUCUCACUUAAUAUUCUUACAAUUUUUGUUUUUCUUGCUUUUGCCACAGUCCUACGGUGUCUCGGAAUCCCUGCCCGUGUUAUCACAAACUACCAUUCUGCCCAUGAUACAAACAGCAACCUGUUGAUCGAGCAGUACUUGGAUCAGGAAGGGAACAAGCAGAAGAAACAAAAGGACAUGAUUUGGUGAGAAGACAAUUAGGGGUCUCCUCCAUUUAUUAUGACCUGCAAACCACUGAACUAAUAACACGGAACAAAGGAUUUUGGAGUUAAAAUCACUUUAAUAUACUGCCUAUCUGAGACUAGAUUAUAAAAAAGGCAAGUUCAGCAAUGACAAAGGUUGCAACAGGGUAAGUAUGAUGGCUAGAUUGACUACAGGUGCUUCAGUUAUCCAGAAGCUAUAUUCAUUUUAAAACAGAUUAUUUUACAUGAACAGGCUGUUCUGACUAGUGGAGUCUACUUAGCACAGCACUAUUCCACAAAGAAUAUGUUUUGUAUCCUGGGUGCAGAGAAUCUACUUUCUGCACCAAGGUAGAGAUCUAAAAACCAUUUACCUGUGGACCCGGGAUCCAGCAGAUCUCUGGUGUUUCUACUCUAGUAUUAUCUGGGACUCCUAAGGGCUAUUUCUGUAUACACCCUAACCUUGGUAAAGGCUACAGUAGUAGCAGAAUAAAAAUAACACUAAUGCAGGCCUUGCAGAUCAAUUCUUUAAAAAAUGAACCUUCAGAGGCAUAAAUUAGGGGUCUUCAGCCUAGCUGAUGUGAUUGAAUAUGGGCAUAUCUAUUUGUGCUUUUUUUCCCCAUGGAUUCUAGAAUAGAAUAACCUAUAAAUGUCAAACAAUCUGUUGUUCAAAGCUGUUUUUGAUUAAAAAUAAUUGGUUCUCAAUCCUCUGGAGUUUGAUAAUGUUCCUUUCACUGCAUGGAAGAAUACGUCUCUCCACCACUUGGGUUUGUUUGUUUGUUUGACUAGUCAGUUAGUAUGGAACUGGCAGUACCCUACUCCCAAAGCAAAGUAACCUCACCAUCUCUUCGGGGUUCCAGGAAGAAGUUUUAGAAUGUUCAAAAUAGCUUUCACCACAACCAUGUUAUUAUUAAACUAUAUCCCUACAUGUAACUGCAAGUUCUUAAUUCUUCCUUUGGAACUGUUUCAAUAAAGUUAUCUGUUAAUAUAGUAAAUCACUGUAGAUAUCGUAUAUAAGCUUUGUUUUAUUUGCAGUAUAUUAUAGUGUAUUAUGUCCCGUAGUUCUCUGUGAUUAAUGAAAUUAACCCAUUCAUUUAAUUACAUUUUGGUUAUAAAUCCAUGAGAUGGGUAUGGACAUCUCCUCAAGUCUACAUGCAAUAAGAGUUUGUGUUUUUUAUUUGUUUUUCUUCCCCCCUCCCCCCCUUGCACUGAAGGAAUUUCCACUGCUGGGUAGAAUCUUGGAUGGCACGUCCAGAUCUGGAAGGGGGUUACGAUGGAUGGCAGGUUGUUGAUCCAACUCCACAGGAGAAGAGUGAUGGUAGGCAUGACGUGAAAAGCACAUCUAACCUCAAAGGGACAUUAUAGUCACCAGAACAACUACAGCUUAAUGUAUUUGUUCUAGUGAGUAGACUCAUUCCCUUCAGGCUUUUUUUGCCGUAAACCCUUUUCAGAGAAACUCCACUUGCCACUACUCAUAUGACUGCUAGAAGAGCUUCCUGGGGCAGUGCUGCCUAGUGUGCAGUACUGCGAUUCAGGGGAAGCAUUGUGAUUAGUUCAGAACAGCACUUUUGAUGAUGUCAGUCAAGCAGGCAAAUCAAGGGGAGAGCCAGCAGCUGCAGACUUGAACAAAAGUAAGGUUUUACUAUAUUUAGGGGGCAAGGGAGGCAGGGUGGCUAGAUGGUGGUUUUAACACUAUAGGGCCAGGAAGAAAUGUUUGUGUUUCUGACACUAUAGGGUUCCUUUAACUUAUGCAGAUCUUCACCGGAUAUCCAAUAAAUUACAAAUUCUUACUUCUAAAUACUCUGGAAUAACAGCUGGACUGAUUUGCAAAGUCUUAAAAAUUAAUUGCGUUAUUGCACAUUUCCCAGUCCUACUUUUAUCCCGGCAACAUGUCAUAUUCUUCUACCAAUGAGGGCUUUUUGUUUAUUGUGUUGACAUUUCCCUUGAAAUUUCCUUAUAGUUUGUUGUUAGUGAAAUUUAUGAAUGAGAAAAAUGUGUGUCACUAAUUAAUUUACAUCCACUAACAGUAGUCAAUUGAUGAUAUAGACUUUUUUUGUUGUUCUCUUAAUGACAUUUUUUUUGUGUCUUGUAUCUUAUAAUGGUGACUAGAUUUUUUUUAAACUUCUGUAGUAGAUCGUAUUGGGUGGUUAGGCUGACUGUCCAUGUGCUGUAGAGUGUUGACCCAUUCUCCUAGUCCUGCUACCUACUCGUUUGACUGUUUGCGUUUCUCCUGCAGGUGUAUACUGCUGUGGUCCAGCUCCCGUGAUCGCCAUUAAGGAGGGAGAUCUGAAUGUAAAGUAUGAUGUCCGGUUUAUAUUUGCAGAAGUCAAUGCAGAUGUCAUUUAUUUCGUGGAGCAGAAAGAUGGCAGUGUUAAGCAGACACGAUACACUGACACGGUGGGUCAGUCUAUUAGCACGAAGGCAGUGGGACGGGAUAAUCGAGAAGACAUCACACACAAUUACAAAUACCCAGAAGGUAGGUCAUCAAAUUUUGGUGCACUGUGUUUUAAAACGGAUAAUAGUGGUUGCUGUUCUGUUUUCCAUUGUAUACACUAUCACUAAUGAUUGUCACAAGAACCAUUAGCGCUGACUGGAUUUAGAACAAUGAGGGUAGUCAUAGACUAUUUUCUUAGACAUAUAUUAGCUUGGCUUGCUUGAAUUAAAUUAGCUUGUAUGUUUUUCCACACUAGUGCAAACUUAUCUUAUUAUCACAAAAUUAUAUUAAAUCCAUUGUCAAGUGAUGGAUAAGCCACCAUCUCCAAUCUCCAUGUGUCCUGGGUCAAUCUUCGAGUAGCCUUGGAGUAUAGCGAAGAACCAGCGAAGAGGGUCCCAUUACAAGUGAACCAGGUUACAUAAAAACAUAGAACAUGACGGCAGAUAAGAGCCAUUCGGCCCAUGUAGUCUGCCCUUAUCUUAUAGUUAGGAUAGCCUUAUGCCUCUACCACUUCAGCUGGAAGGCUAUUCCAUGCAUCCACUACCCUCUCCAUAAAGUAAUACUUCCUGAUAUUAUUUUUAAACCUUUGCCCCUCUAAUUUAAGACUAUGUCCUCUUGUUGUGGUAGUUUUUCUUCUUUUAAAUAUAGUCUCCUCCUUUACUGUGUUGAUUACCUUUAUGUAUUUAAAUGUUUCUAUCAUAUCCCCCCUGUCUCGUCUUUCCUCCAAGCUAUACAUGUUAAGAUCCUUUAACCUUUCCUGGUAAGUUUUAUCCCGCAAUCCAUGAACCAGUUUAGUAGCCCUUCUCUGAACCCUCUCUAAGGUAUCAAUAUCCUUCUGAAGAUACGGUCUCCAGUACUGUGUACAAUACUCCAAGUGAGGUCUGUACAAUGGCAUGAGCACUUCCCUCUUUCUACUGCUAAUACCUCUCCUAUACAACCAAGCAUUCUGCUAGCAUUUCCUGCUGCUCUAUUACAUUGUCUGCCUACCUUUAAGUCAUCAGAAAUAAUCACCCCUAAAUCCCUUUCCUUAGGGUAGUAAUUGGUUGUAAUGGUUAUGAUGCUCGAAGAAACGCUUUAAAAGGUGGCCCCAUCAUCUGGCGUGUUCAUUAGUCUCUGCAUUUCUUGUCACAGGCUCUGAAGAUGAAAGGCGAGUUUUUGAGAAAGCAAACAAACUCCAUGGCUCGCAAAGAGAAGAUGCCGUGCCAAACAACUUUGACGUAACAAUAAAGAUUAAAGUGUCUGAGGGCAUGGACAAGGGCAAAGACUUUGAUGUGAGAGCGCUGAUCAACAAUCACACAGAUGUUGAUAAGGAUUGCCGGCUGACAUUUUGUGCUCGAGUAGCCAGCUAUACUGGAAAAAUUGGCCCAGAGUGUGGAAUGAAGGAUCUGAUGAACCUAAAGCUAGAGGCUCAGUCCGGUACGGAACAUAAUGUAAUAAGGUUUUUGUUUUGAAUAUUUUUAUUGGAGUAGCAAUAAAGUGUGAGCAGGCAUAUUGCAGAUUCAUAGAAAUAACAUUUGGUUGCCUGCGCAGAGGCAUAGACGUCAAAAUAAACAAGCAGUUAAUUAAAUGUAAUGAACCUGAACUUUGCGAGAGUUAAGAUGUCAUAUGUAUUUAACAGACAUAUUUACGCAUUGUGCUGGCUGUAUAGUCCUCCUAGUCAUGCCUAGUUUUAUGAGGUUCUUAUUGCAUAGGUUAUUAAAGGUAUCCUAUGGUUGCCUGCGCAGAGGCCAAUAAUUCUCAGCAAUCAUGCCAUCAGGGACAUGGCCGUUUGGGGACCCCACAUACCCAUGGGCUAGGGCACCCACUCCUCCAGCGGGCAGACAGUCAUCACAGGGGAUCCAUCUAGCGCUCAGCUGUGUGCCCAAGUCCGACUGGGCGGUCCAGAACGGCCUCCCAUGGGUAGCGCUCUCCACCUUUACUCCUCUGACUCUACAGUAAUGCCUUUGUGGAGUACUUGUCAGUGAUGGGGCAAUCUCUGUGUGUGCCCAAGCCUCUUUGCGCCCCAUCGGGGUGCUUCCUCAGGUGUUUCAGCCCCCCCGUGGCUGCAUCCAGUGUUGCUGGCUGGCUGAUUUUCGUGCAGCCUGUGCCAGUGCAGGCAGUUGGUAUCUGGACCGUGCAGGGACUCCCGCUGCGACCCGCUGUUACCCGCUCCUCCACCCAGAAGCUGGGAUAUCCCCCACCGGCCAAGGGGGGAGGGGGGGCAGAGCCGUGCCCAGGGCCGAGGUUCUCGCUCUGUCUUGAUGUUCAUAGUGGGAUGCCUUGCUGUGUCUCUGUUUCGCAGCGCCAUGCUGCGUGCAAUGGUCGUUGGGUUUCUGACUCUUGGCCUCGUGUAGGCCGUGACUGGGCUAUAGGCAAAAGUUGUUUAACCACAAAUUCUGGAGAUCUACAUGAUAACUCACAGGGUUAUUUACAAAACAGAGAAUUGUUGGGAAUUCAUAGAAACAUAGAAUGUGACGGCAGAUAAGAACCAUUCGGCCCAUCUAGUCUGCCCAAUAUUUAAAAUACUUUUAUUAAUCCCCGGCCUUAUCUUAUAGCUAGGAUAGCCUUAUGCCUAUCCCACGCAUGCUUAAACUCCUUCACUGUGUUAAUCUCUACCACUUCAGCUGGAAGGCUAUUCCAUGCAUUCACUACCCUCUCAGUAAAGUAAUACUUCCUGAAAUAAUUUUCAAUUCAAAAGUAAUUUUAAAAUUUUAGACAAAAUAGUCAAAGUGGAAGCGUAGCUGACUUAGAGAAUGUUUCCACUUUAGCUAUUUUUGCCUUAAAUUGUAAAUUCUAUUAGAAUUUUUUUUUAAUUUCUGACAAUUCUUUAGUAAAUAACACCGAAAUAAAGGGGUCCAUUGGCGCUGUGACAGGCUUAAGAAAUGUAUGAUCACAUACUGUAUCCCCAUUCACCCUAAGUCGGGUGUUAAAACUAUUUAAUUUUGUGAUCUUUGCAGUUGGUGUGCAGUGAGUGUGUUGUAUGUUGUAUAAAUUGGCUGCAGUACCCUUAUAAUGUUUAGGUGAGUUCAGCCCUCUUGUUUUCACAUGUAGAUCUGAAAUUACGUCUGUUUUGGUGAUCCCCAACUUCUUCUUGGUGGUCAAUUCUGUUUCAAACUGUCAGGAUUUGAUGAAAACAGAGCCCAUGAGCUGUACCUGCUAGACAGCCAUUAAGAGUAAUACCGGUUGGACAAAAUGUGUUAUUGAUAGUAAUUGUUAAUUCCACAUUAUCAAUGUGCGGGAGGGGAAGGUCCGUUUGGGUACUAGAAGAGCACCAUUUUUUAUCAGACCAUAUGUAAAUGAUUUGAUAUUAAAUGAGGAAACAGUGCCAGGGCAGUCUGGACACCAUAACCACCGCCAUGCUGCAUAGCGUGUCCCGUUAGAAUUGUCUGCUUACCCAGCUGGUGAGUUUUACUAAACAGUGAGUUAAAAUUGUGUUCAUAAUAAAACUUCUAACUUGAACUUUUAAUGGAUUUUACAAAAAAAAUUAAGUCACCGUUUUUAGUGAUUCAGUUCCAGAAUCCACAGAAUCCUCAUGGUUUGAAGGGUCACUGGUCACCCGAUUAAGGAAGUUUCCACAGAUAAACAUUAUAGUCUCUGAGUAGAGGAGACUUGUAUAAUAUAGGUAAGGUCUCCUGAAGGUAUUUGAUACCCAAUUUGUUGUUAAACUACAACUCCCAUAAUUCUCUGCACGCCAUACACUGGCACAGAUGUUUGGUAAUUGUAGUACAAAAAAAAGCCACAGUCUGACGUCUGUACUUGGAUAACUGACCUGAACAUUCUGUUGCUAUGUCUCGGAAUGUGAUCAAAAUAGAACAAUUACCGUCUGGUAACUUCUGAAUAUCAUAUUUUAGUUUGUUCCUGCCUCUCCGUGGUUCUCAUUUAGGGGUUAACAGUACAUUUUCCUUAUACCCACCUUUUGUAUUUCUUAGAAAUUCUCUGCCUGUGUUGAGAUAAUUCCUUAGCCUUGCUGCUCAGCAAUUAGAUCCUUAUACCUAAUAUGGGCAAAGUCAACUAAAGGAAUGAUUUAAACUCAAUGUUCUUGAUUGCAAACCAGAAAGCAAAUGCAGAUGUGACUUGAGUUUUAGACAUAUUUGCUUGAAUUACAAUGUUAGCAUUUCUACCACAGUCUGCUUGCAGUGCAGGUUUCUUCUUUAUACCACGGUGGUACUUUUCUAAUUACAUUACCAUCUACAACACCCAACGAGUGGAGGCACUGUCUACUAUACACCAUUUGCUACGUUAAAAGAUCAUUCAUUCUGCAGCAGGCUUCCCCAAUCUUCGGCCCUCCAGAUGUUGCUGAACUACAACUCCCAUGAUUCUAUGAAUAAAAUAGAUAGGCUGAGAAUCAUGGGAGUUGUAGUUCAGCAACAUCUGGAGGGCCGGAUUUUGCGGAAGCCUGUUCUACAGGGUCUGCUAUGCUACUGUGGAUACAUUGUCCGCCGAGCUAGUGGAGGCCCAGUCUGACAAGGCAUUCGUAUGUACUUGUAUGCACAUCAGCAAAACUGGGAGUGAUUUUUGUGACGGGGUUAAUAUUUAUACAGGCAUUGUCCUGUAAAACUAUAGUGCUAGUAUAGUCUAUGGGAGAUUAUAGCAAUAUCAGACUUUUACGAAGGUCAAGCUGCCUUUUUGUGUGUGAUAAAUCAUCAAGCUCCAUUGUUAUGGGAUUGGGAAAUUUUCAGGUUAAUAAUUGCUAUGUGUAGCCAGUUCAUGCCUGCUUGACUACACUACUGUAUUGUAUCAUUAAUAUUGUGUGUUUAAGAUAAGAUUCUUUAUCAUUAAAAACAUUCCACCACCAAUAGCAGAUAUUACAAACACCCAAAAAGAUGGACAUGCAUUUACGGACUACCCACUGUUUUUCCUAUAACGAAUGUACAGGACAGUACGGUCUUUCCAUUGUUAUUUCCCACAAUGAAUAACGUGCGAAGGGCAGAGUUUCCACCUAUUGUUUUUUUUCCCCCCAGCAUGAAUGUAACUGCAUAGGGUGGUGUCGGUGUCUUCACAUUGUGCCCUGUCUGAUAAUGAAUUGUGACUGCGUGUGGUUGUGGUGGUGUCUUUACAUAUCAUAUAAUGAAUGUACUGCAUAGGGUAGUGAUGUCUUCCCGUUACAUUAUUUCCUGUAAUUAAUAUACUUCUGUUUUCACGUUGUGCUACGUCCUAUAAUUAAUGUAACUGUGUAGGGUGAUGGUGGUGUCUACGCUUUGUCCUAUAUCCUGUAAUGAAUAGAUGGCGUAGGGUAGUGAUAUCUUCCCAUUGUAGAUUACCCUGCAGUAAAUGUACUGGUUAAUAUACUGCUGUUUCAACAUUGUGCUGAAACCCAUAAUAAAUGUAUUGCAUAUGAUGGUGAAGUCUUCACAUGGUUUUAAUUUCCUGUAAUGAAUACCUUACUUACUAAUUUCAAUUCAUGUAUCUAUGCAGAAAAGGAGGUUCCAUUGCAGGUUCUGUAUGAGAAAUAUGGGCCUGUCUUGACCGAUGACAAUCUGAUCAAGCUUGUGGCUCUUCUCUACGAUUCCUCAUCAACGGACAUUCUCCUGGCAAUGAGGGACAUUCAUAUCAAGAACCCAGACAUCAAAGUGCGGGUAAGUACGUAGUACUGGAGACCGUAUCUCCAGAAGGAUAUUGAUACUUUAGAGAGAGUUCAGAGAAGGGCUACUAAACUGGUUCAUGGAUUGCGGGAUAAAACUUACCAGGAAAGGUUAAAUGAUCUUAACAUGUAUAGCUUGGAGGAAAGACGAGACAGGGGGGAUAUGAUAGAAACAUUUACACUGAACAAAAUUAUAAACGCAACACUUUUGUUUUUGCCCCCAUUUUUCAUGAGCUGAACUCAAAGAUCUAAGACUUUUUUUCUAUGUACACAAAAGGCCUAUUUCUCCCAAAUAUUGUUCACAAAUCUGCCUAAAUCUGUGUUAGUGAGCACGUCUCCUUUGCCGAGAUAAUCCACCCACCUCACAGGUGUGGCAUAUGAAGAGGCUGAUUAGACAGCAUGAUUAUUGCACAGGUGUGCCUUAGGCUGGCCACAAUAAACUGUGCAGUUUUACUGUAUUGAGGGCUCCCAGGAGGGUCCAAAAACCAGUCCGUAUAUGGUGUGGCCACCACACCAAUUUAUUUAAUUUUUGUAUUGUAUUCAAUUCUUCAAGAUAGCAUUAUGACUAUGAAAAAUAUAUCUAUUUAGUCAAGUCAUAGCGGGAUCAGGCGACAGACAAAGGAACAGUGUAAAAUCUGUUUUUAUAAGUGAUGAUCAAUAAUAGAAAUGUGAUAAAAUAAUUAAAAUAGAAGACUCACCUACUUGAACGACAUCUGGUCUUCGCAUGGAUCAAAGCAGAGUGUGUGUUUGAAAUACUUUUUAUUCUUCAAUAGAAAAAAAAAUUAAAAAAAAAGUAAGGGACAAUGUUCUUAAUGAGGUCACUGAAGACUUGCAAGGCCACAGCUGCAAAGGGUUGGCUGUCAGAAGGAAUAUUCAUUUUAAUUACAUUCUCUCCAGAUCAUCAGGCUGGCAGGAGAAUUAUGGGAAUUGUGAGAAAGGCUAAUAACGAACUUUGUAAGACAGUUACCUUGUGCAAUCAACCAAUUUGUCAAAAAUACAUUAAUUUCCUUCUAUGGAGGAGUUGGAGAGGGUUCUAUAUACAGAGCUCGGGAACAGUAGAUGCCCUCCCUAACCCCUGGUCUUCAAAAAUGGGGAGCCAUUGUCAAAGUAAAUAAUUAAAUUAAAUUGUAUUCUUAAUUUCUCAACUCUACUAAAAUUGGUGAAUGGAGUUGGGUGCGGCCAGUCCCUAGAUCCAUCUUCUCUCUAAUAAUAAAUAUACUAAAAUAUGUCUAAAAAGGGUUGCUCCCAUGGUAGACAAGUACAUGUAGGUAGUUGUUUACUCUGUAUCUGAGAUAGGGUUGAACUAGACAGGAUACAAUCAAUUUACUUUAUUUUUUUUAAAUGAGUCAUGUUUUAUGCAGAGUUUCCAGCUGCUAUGAGAGUUCAAUUUAGCCAUGAGAAUAUAGAUGCCUUGGGAAGUAGAUACUGGGAAAAGGUGGGGUAGAUAUAUUUAAAUUUCUAUAUAUUCUAUUUAGAAUAGCUGGAGAAUACAGUAAGUUUGUGUAUCAGGUGUAUAGGUUUUAGAGUACAGCCAGAUGGAAGUCCAUCUCUUAGAGGAGUGGUAUCACGUAGCUGGAAAUGGUAGAGGAAAUACUGAGUAAGCAUUGAGGGGGAAAAGGAGAGCCAGUUUAUUAUUUUAGGCAGACAAUCAGAUAGCUCACGUCAAUACUCGGGUCCCUCUGUGGACCCAAAUUUCCGACUUGCUCUUUACAUCACGUACUGGAGUCUGACGGAGCCAUGUGCACUGUGUAUUUAACCCAAACAGGACCGAUCUGUCCGAUACAAUGUUCUAUACAAAUUUGGCAGACGUUCCGCUAUUACAUCAGUUCCUGAAGCCCUCUCCACCAGCUGCCUGUGAUACUCCUAACAAAGGCCGUAUUAUUUCAUUGCAGUUUUUAACAGUGGAUUAUUAGACUAUCCAUAUAGUUUCUAUUUAAAGUCCCAUUAUAUAAUUAUAUUAACAUCGGUCUUACUUUGCAAGCACCAUAACCACUACAGAACAUAACAGUGGGUUUAGAGCUAGGAAGCUGUUGCCACAGACUUUCAUUCAAAAGCCUCACUUUUUUUUUUUUCAAUAUUGUUUUUAUUCUGUAGUGUAGAGACUACACCCCAUUAGCAGUGAUCUAAUUUGGGGAAUUAUUGCUAAAACACUAAGCUGUACUUGUACAGUGCCUUAGGAUUAUCUGGAUAGAAUGGUUCAAAAUUGAGUCCCCAUGUCAUCUCGCUGGGACCAGAAUGGGUGGCACAGGCACAUUAUCAAGGUUACUGCCCUCAAUAUAUGUACUCUUCUGCAUUGUCACUGCCUUCAUAAGUGUAAUGGAGACCCGAUUCACAUUGGAAAGAGUCAAGUGAAGGUGUUUGGCAGAAUUUAUUUUUUUAUAUAGUACACUACAAUGGAAAACUAUGUCACCAAGCUAAAGUAAUCCCUCUCAAACGAUUACUUCCAAGGCCCAUAUUUCUAAGAAAUCAAAUCUGGAGAACAGUUCUAAAACAAAGAUCAAUAACCAAAGAACUUUUAUUAUGCCAUAAUUUGUUCUAUGUGAACUUGCUGUCCUUGUAUGAUUCAUAAUUGAACCAGUUCUUUAGUAUAACAUAAUUUAUCUACGUAUGUUACCAAACUAUGGACUCUAUUUAAUAUUGUUGGAUAAGCUUUUAAAAAAUGAUUUAAUAUUGUGAAAAAUAUUUAAAACGUUUGUAGAAUUUUUAUUUUUUUAUUUUUUAUACAUGUUUAAUAAUGUCAAAAAUAUAAUUGUAAAAGUUUAUCCAAUUAUUAAAUUUAUUUUGAAAAGCGUAUCCAGGGACAUUAAAUCAAGGCCUGUAUUAAAAUGUUAACUUUCACUUAUGGUAUAAUUUGCUAAUCAAUAUAAAGCACUCUGGCUAAGAGCUUUAUAUAAGUUUUUUUUAGAUGAAAAUAAAUAGAAACAAUAGAUUGCUUUUCUUUAUAGUUGAGGUCGAUAGUUGGAAAGCGAUGGCACAAAAUCAGACAGCACUGUACACAUAAGUCACACAUGGCUAGCUGUACUAUAGAAAACUAUGCAUUUGUUGAAUUUGCCAAUAACGCAGAAUACAACGGCUAGAGAAAUUGCCUGGAGCUCCUUCUGGUGCACCUCAUAGCUUUAUAGCAUGAAGAUUUUUUUUUGGUGGUCUAAAAAUCUAGUUACAGAAUGAUUUAAGACCAGGAUAGUAUUAUUCAUCAUUUGCAAAUUAGAAAUAUGGUGAAAAACGUGUCCACCUGUAAAAAGGGCGAAUGCUUUUAACUAACACCUUGCCUCCUCAUAUCUGUGUAGGUUCUUGGAGAACCAAUGCAGAAAAGGAAGUUGGUGGCUGACAUCACUUUAAAGAAUCCACUAUCUGAGCCUCUGAAUGACUGUUGUUUCACUGUGGAAGGUGCUGGACUGACGGAGGGACUCAUUGAGAAGAAACUGUAAGUGAUCAUCUGCUUGUUCAGAAAUAUACUGCCUUCUGCAAACAUACAAUGCUAGAGUCAUAUAAUUAUUCAUGAAUUGCUGCUAUAGCAUAGAAAUAUGAGCACCCAUCAGUAUGUGGCAGAGUAAUGUAAUAGUUAUAACCAAGUGAUUUGCAUUGUAUUGAACUUCUACGCUCAGCCACCUAGGAACAGACUGAUGGUGAUGCCAGCUAUUGCCAAUGUCACCAGAAGGGUGUAGUAUGACUAGUGAGUGACCUCUUUCUUUCCUUAGUGAUUACACCGUGGAGCCCGGACAAGAAGCCAAAGUCAGGGUGGACCUCUAUCCCCAGCAAUCUGGACUGCGGAAGCUCGUGGUGGAUUUUGAAAGCGACCACCUGAAAGCAGUGAAAGGUCACAGAAAUGUCAUAAUCGCACCUCAACCCAAGUGAGAAGAAAAGCUAUAAUAUGGGUGGGAGCACUUUACUCCAGACUACCAGGUUAUUCAGCUGUCCUAUAAUGUGAGCAUUUUGUAAGCCUUUCUAUACAUAUUUACUAUUAUAAUCAACUGUCUUUAUUCCCCGAAGUCUGUACUAUAUACACUGUAAAUAAACUAUGUGACGGACUGCCUGGCACGCCGACCGGGUACCUCCGUCAAUCGAAGCUCCUAGUGCUCACCGAGGGCUCCAAGCACUCCACCAGACACCAUAAGCACUGUACACUCCAUGAACCGCCGCAGCUUGGUUGGGGUGUCACCGUCCUCCACCCACCCUGGACCCAAGACCGGGAUCCAGCUCCCAGUUGGCAGAUCUCUCCUACUUCAGAGAGCAUCGCAGGAACAGCUCUUAGAGCUAAUGAUUAUACUCAGGGGAGCAUAGUGAUUAUUGCAAUCCCCAGAGUGUAGUUCUCCAGUUCAUUUGAACUCCAAAUUUCAACGUAGGAAGUGCACGCCUGUUACCGUGUAAAUAAUGUUUUGUAUCCAUGCAUUAAAAAGCCUUUCUAUGAAAUAUGAAGUCUCUCUGCACAUUGUCAGCAUGUUGUUUUUUUGUUUCCUUUUGGCCAACUUUUGACCUCAUUCAGUCCCAACUCCCAAAUUAUGUUACCUGCCAGACCCGUGAUCUCCUGUUUGUUGCCAUCUGCUUUUCCUGGACGAGGUACUGUAACAGGAGCCAGGCUGGGAUCCAUCCCAUCUGGACUUGCUUUAGGACAAAGUAGUAAGAUAUUUGUGCUAUUAUGAAACACGUGUCUUGGACGUUCUGAAGCGGCAUUAAUCAGUCAUGGUUCCAACUAACUUCACUCUCAGCUCCCUACACGUCCAUAUCUGUAUAGACGCUGGUCUUUCGCUAGACUCAGUAGAGCUUACAUAGUAAAUAUUGCUAACGAGUUAUUCAAUAAAGAGAGAAUUCAAAGCAAAAUUUCAAAAUGAAGGUUGAAAUGGCCAAACCUGAAAAAUUCUCCUAUUGAGCUAUGCUUCCAGUUGAGCUACUUUGGAAUUCACUUUAUAUUCUAACUUUAGUGAAUAACCAAAAUCAGAUUAAAAACAUUCAACAGAUUAAUGUUAUUUUCAGCUCUCAAUUCUGUAGUUUAUAGUGGUUUCCAGAGAACAGGGCGCUGGUGCAGCUAAACUGGAUUAAGAAAAUAAAAUCAAAACAAGUUAUGAGUUUUUAAAACAUUACAUGAUAAUGUGUGGAUUUCGCUUUAAUCAGUUCACACACACUGCACAUACUGCAAACACACUUUGUAAGCUGGUACAAUGCCAGAUUCCAUAUAUUUCUGUAUAAACCCCUACUGUGGCAGCGAGGGCAGGAACAUUGCAAAGUAAAAUCUGAAACUUGGUCCAAAAAGAACACACUCACAGGACAAUCCAUUAAAUUUAGAAUUGUCAGGAAUUCAAAAAAUUUAAGCCAAAAGAACCGAACUGGAUGCAUAGACAAAUUAAGAAAUGUUCCAGAUCAGCUAUUUUGGUCUUAAAUCCGAAAAUCAUGACCAUAUUUCACUUUAGUGUAUAAAAUCUAUUGCAUAUCUACACAACACUACAGAAUCAUACCUAUCCUAUGAAUAAAUCUGGCAUCGAUUCAUUACCACCCUGAUUCAGUGCUUACUUUAUUAAAUAAGAGCUUUCAUUGCCUUUGUUUUAGGACUACUUUCUCCCUAAAAAGUCUUUCCUAAAAAAAGGGGUUAACCCCAAGUGCAUGGGUUAAUGAGGUAAGAAGACUUUGAUGAGAAUCCCCCCAAAAAAACGAAACAAAGGGACAGAUACACACAGGACGCCCCAAAAGCCUAAAAAGUACAUGACCCAAAAGCAAGGAUAACCGCACAAUAGACCCCACCACAAGCACCAGGAGCAGCCCAACAACACACAGGCAACACUCCUACAUGGCACAAGUACUCAAGGGACAUAUUGCACACUCAAGCCCCUCCAAACACAGAAAGGGACAUACUUUACAAAAUACGUACACCUGGACGCAGGUGGGGUGGAUCCGGUUGCCCCAUCCAUAGCAUCAGAAAAACCCAAAACGGAGCUAUGCCAGGAGGCUCCGCUUCAAACAGACUCACCCAUACACACAGCCCGUUGACAACUCGACUCAGGUACGGUCCCACACCCUUCUUGCUUAUAUCACGCCCAGGGGCUGCAUGAAGACCCAAAUGGUUAGGGGUAUGAUACUAUGAAAGCCGUAAGACACACACCUAUACCGACUGGUGUGAAUAGCAAUAGACACUAGGCAUACCCUCCAGUCCUCAACUAACUUGUUUUAUGUAAUUGUGCAGGCUUACUACUGCUUCUGUACACCCCAAAUAACUGUUCGACAUCCCUCCCUUUAUUCCCUUCUGUAAACCCCUCCUUUACUUGUCAAAAUUGAAAAACUAAAUAAAUAAAACUACUUUGAUGACGGCUUAGAAAAACAAAAAUCAAUAAAAAAAAAAAAAUGUAAAUUGUAAACUAAACAUAAUCAAAGUAUAUAUUGGGAGAUAAAUGAAUUAUACUAGAAUUAUUGAAGUGCCAACCAACACACAAACAUUUUUAAAGAAUCGUUUUUUCUAUGGUGGCUGUGUGGGGAUGUUUGUCCCCCAAUACUGCAGUGUAUGUUCAUUGAUUAAAUUUAUUUUAGCCUACAAUUUUAAAUCUUAUUUCAAGUGCUUAUCCAAG